AAACGGUUCAGUCACCCGUGCUUAGGAAGCCAAAAUUACAGCUGAAGUUUUUUAACAAGGAGACUGACUCUAAAUCACCUUUUAUUUAAUCGUCUGGUCAUUUAGCGAGUUUUUCGCCUUAUUGUUGCUCGAUACCGGUGUCGUGAAAAAGUCUACUUCCCCUCUUCAAGCUGGUGCCUCCCCAAAGCGCUGCUCUCCGCAUGUUAAGGCGUAGCAAAGUUAACGAGCGACGGGUUUAAACUCGGGUCACUCUGAGCAUCCAAAAAGCCAACUGGUCAAUGUUGGAUAAGUUUCAGGUUGAAGUUUUAUGUAGUGAGGACAGACUUUUGAAACAACUCCUGUGUGUUUUUAUUAGCUCCUGACUUAGUUAGAGCUGGGUCGCGUUGAAUUGUCUCGGUUAUUCUCACGCUGUGACAACGGAGUCAUACCCCCUCUUUGGAAAAGUCUACGCUUUCUACUUUCACGGUAAGGCUUUUUGACUGAGUUUGUGUGAGUUUCAUGAUAAGUUUGCCAUAAAGUUUGACGAUAUAGUAGCAGGUGCAGACUGCAGUGCAGCGGUUCGCUCAGUGAAAAGUUAUCCUCAUGUUUCAACGCAAAUCUCAUUAUUUGACUUGUUUCAUACACUGUCUCUGAUUGUCUCUCUCAGCUGUUUGGUCCACGUGGUUUUGCCCGAGAGGACUUUGAUAUAAUAAAUCUGCUUUCUUUCCUCACUUGGCCUGACUGGGAGGUGAAAAGGUCCAGGGGAGAGUGUGUAACAUGAGUUAGUGGGCACGUUUUAACCAGAUUGAUUUCAGAUUUAGGUAGACUUAAUCCUAUCACAGUAAAUCUGCUUCCACUCAUUAAAAGCGUCUGAAGUUCCCUAAGAUAAGCCCUCUGAUUACCUCAGACACCUCUCAGACACUGGACAAACCCUGUCAUACAGACACAUUAUUUUCUCUCCAUUGGUCAGUCAGCAAGAUUAUAAGCAAACCUAUAUGAAUCAGUCUGACAUAUUUCCAUGUGUUUCUGCAAACCCUCUUAACCUACAAUUCUCUUUCUUUAAAACAUACUUCAAAAUUUGCAUAUUCAGAACUUCAUAAAACAAUAUCACCAGCCGCAGUUAAGCUGAACUGAGAUGUGGAUUUGUAGUCAUCGAGGCUGCAGCCCACAGAGCACUUUCAGUUCGCACUGUUUUUAUUUAACUUUAGUCCUUGCUGAGGAUGCAAGUUAUUCAUUCAACGCUCUGAGGCUAAAUAAGGUUCCAGGCAGUUUUGCCAACUAACAGCACAUGAUCAGUGACAGACCUGCAUACCAUCUCACUGCUCAGGCAUCCAGCAUGUCUUGAUGUGAGCACACACACCUCUAAGAACGAUCACACAACUAGGAUCUGGACCUCAACAGAGAGCUCACAUGACAGCUAAAGGGACAGACAGAUGGGCCGUGGAGGGUGUUUGUACUUAUCUGACCCUUCUGACCAACACACACAAACAAACACACACCAGAGCUGAGACAUUCACACUUGUACCAUAUGGUAAAUCAGUUAGCCCAGUUAGAGGGUUGUGCAUUUUGUAGCCCGAGCCCUCUCCUUUUAAUGUUCUCUCCUCAAUGUCUGAACAGUGUGUGUUCAUGUUUAUUGGCUGUCCUUUAAGAAAAAGACACAACAAGAGACAAGAUUUUAAGCUUUCAGCAGAUGAUGAAAUGCAAAUUGUAAGGGUAUUAAUUUUUGAUUGAAACAGGUAUAUACUUAAGCUGUCUUUAAUGGAAAAAUGAGGCCUAUUAUAAACUUUGAAAGCUUUUUUACUGCACUCUCUGCAGAUGUGUAACUUUAUGGGUUUAUGGCUCACUGGGUUUCAGUAUGAGUGAGUUCAGUUAUCAGUCUGAGGAGUGGGGAGGUUUUAUCUGUGGUUGGACUUGCUGUUGUUAAGCUGCUCAUAAACAACACUAAAUGUUGACGCAUUAUUUUGACACUUCUAUCAUGUGGUAAGACAGUAAAAAUAACAGGCGGUAGGUGUCUUUCUACUGGUGCACCUCACGUGUAGUUUUGUAUUAAACAGAGUAAUAACUUUUUAUACAUACUGCCCUUUAAUAUUUGUUAUAAGAGGAUGUUAAAUCCAUUAGUUCAGCUCUGUUACUAAAAUAAAAAGGACAAGGGUUAUAAGUUUUCUGUAGCCAUACUAGUUGAAAGCAAAAGAAGCUGUAAGAUAAAUGAAUAAAUAAAACAUGCUAUUUUUGAUAGUGGUGUAAUGGUCCACUGAACUGAGUGAUGCAGAUGUCUGAGCUUCCUUUAUUGACUGGAGUGUGCAGAGAAUCAUGUAGAGAUGUGUUCCAGAGUCAGACUGAGGUAAAACAAGCUUUUGUGUCUUGAACAAACACAAGCAGUAGAUAGAUGGAUGUCACUGUAAAUAAUGCAGCCUCUAAAUAACUCACUGUAGAUGCUAAGAACUUAACAGCCGUGUCAGCUGUUUUUCUGUGCUAAAAUGCUUAUACAGCAAAGUAUUGAAAUAUUCAGUUUCACAAUAGUAUGCUGAUGUUCUUAACCCUUGUUUUAAUAUAUCAAAGGGGUAGUUCCAUGUAUUUUGUAAACGUGCAAGAGAAAAUGUACAGGCUGAAAAAUGUCCAAAUACAGCAUAGACUUAGACUAACAUUAGAGCUGUGGUUGGACACUGUUAACAUUAGCUUAAUCUUGCAGUAGAGAUGACCCUGUCUGCAGCUGUUGUCAGCCUAUAGCUUUCACUUCAGUUCUUGUCAGUAGCUGCGUUUACAUGGGCACAAAUAAUCGGAACAAAAAUGUGUCAUGUUCUUGUUGAUCGGAAGAUUCUGAUCCAAUUCAGCUCAAUCGGAAAGAAAUUGCAUUCCGAUUGAGAGGGUUUGUUUAUGCUGACCGUUAUUCCAAAACGCGCCCAUGAAAACACGUAUUCUGAUUGUGACUCUCUUAACUGACUCAAUCUUCACUUUUUAACCUUUAGCUUAUUUGUGGAGGCCAGUAGAUGAGGUUUCAUUAUUAACACUCUGGCAUAAAACACAACUGCAGGUGCCGUGUCUGCUCCUCCGAUAACAUAACAAGGCGUACAUACAGCGUAAUGAUGUUACCUCUGCAUGCACAGUGCAGCCUUUGACAGAACAGUAGAAUAACAGGGGGAAACCUCUUGAAUUGGAUGAAGGCGUAAAUACAACUCUUCUUCUGCGGUUGUUUCAGCAAAAUCAGACAACUUCUGCGCAUGUCCAAAUGCUUCAAAUCUGAAUAAAGUUUGGUGUAUGUAUACGCACAUCUUGAUCGGAUUAUUUGAUUUUGCAUCCAUAUAAACAGUGGAUUCAGAUUAUCUGAUCCCUGAAUUUAUUAUCGGAUCAAGAAAUUUUGCCCAUGUAAACAUGGCUAGUUUCUCAGCUAUGGGACAGAGCUCUCCAGGAUCUCCUGUAGCCACUAUUUCACUGCUGACAAGUAUCUCAUAUAUUCCCACUUUAAAAAACGGACUAUUCCUGCAAAUGGGUUAAAAUAUCCAUUUUCAAUUCCUGUAAGCACAAUGACCUCUGGCAGACAUCAGGGUUCAGCUCAUAGGCUGGCUCCUUAAGCCGCAAGAGCGAGAAAAAGCAAGAAAGUUUCCUCUGCAUAUCAAAACAGUCCAGCAAAUCUCAGAGAUUCAUUUUCUUUUAGUCUUCAUCUGUGGACUCGAAGUGAGCUGCACACCACUGCACAAUGCGUUAUUCAGAAAUGUUUCAAACACAGCAACAUGGUCAGAAAAUCUCAGAAUACUGUUAGUAGCCAGGAUGUGUGCAGAUACAGGCACCACCAUCUCUCCAACAGAAGUAUGGGUGAUAAAUGAGAGGGUAGCUACUUUCAACAGCUGUUUAAAUGAUCAGACGAGAGUUUCCAGCUCCUGUUGCCCAGCACUUCGGUUUUCGUAACAAAGGAUGUAAACAGGUAUAGCUUUUAUUGUCACCAUAAGUUUAAAACUGGAACUGUGACGGUCUUGUAUUCUAUAGAUUAGACUGGAAAUCUUGAUUUCAUUGUUUAGACUCAAUUGCAGCAAGUUGUUCUCUCAGCCUCACUGUAAUACUUCCAGUAACUUCAGUGGAGAUUAGCAAAGUAUCACAGUAUCACAAAGGGACUCCUGUAUUGUGAUAGGUAUCAUAUUGUGCAGUCAUAUCAUAUCGGCUCUACCCAGCCCUGUUUGAAACGGAUCAAGAUAAAGCAGGCUGUCCAAACUUUGCCCCAGGUCUUGUUGACAAUGUACCUCUGUGCCCUUACCAUACUGCAAGUUUGAUCAAAUCAACAGAGGUGGAGACUCAGAGAUUUAGCAAGACUUCUCCUAGGUGCCAACUUUGUUCAGUGCCAACAGGAUUAGCCAAACAGCCUGACGGUUAAAGCUGAGUUAAAGCUCUCUUCUUUGCUUUCUUUUCUUUCUGUCUCAAAGAACAAUGACUGGACACAAAGCACUGUUUCUUUUCUGGUUAAGUGCCUCUCUGUGUUUCCUAACUCUGUUGUUUCUAUACCUGCUACACCUCUAUCUCUCUCUCAGUUAUCAUAUCUCUCCCUCCCCACAUCAGUCUUUCACUUCUGUUCACUGUCAUAUGAAAGCAGGGACAGCUCUUAAAUACAAAAAUUUGAACUAGUCAGAGUCACACCUGUUGCCUGAUUUUCUUUCCUUCUCACAUGGAAACUGUUGACUUCUUAGACAGUACAAGACUCCUUAGCCGCGGGGUGUUAAACUCUGACAUUACAUGAAGAGAUUUACAGGUUUUCAAAAGGGAUGUCUUCACUUCCUUUGACUGAUCACGUGACUGAGGUCUUCAAGUUCAGCUUCUCUGUUUGUCUUCCUUUCCGUCUGUCUUUCCUGUCAACUUAGAGUGAGAUUGUGUGUUUCUGUGAGUAAUAGUAUCAGAUCUGUUUUAUCUGGGAACACUUGCUGGAUCGAAGUCUGUUAGGAAACAAUGAGCUUGUCGGCAUGUGUUUCACAGCUCAGAUUGAGAGGCUCUGAAAUGAAUGAGCUAGCAGAGGGAGGUGGGCACAGACAGAGCAAGAGGGCAGCCAUCACAAGGGCAAAGGUCAUUUUCCCCUCUCACUCCUUUCAGUUGAAAACACGUUUUAUGAGAUCCACUGCUAACAGAUGUUCGAGAGGACAAUAUUCUUUUACUUUUUUUUUCCAAUCGUUCUUUCCAGCAAUAUGUUUCUACCUGUCAUGGCUCUCCCUCCAUUUUCUAAAGCUAAAAAUGCUGAAAAGCAUGGUUUGCAAGUUUUAAUAGGAACAAAAAAUUCUUGGAAACUGAACUUUCAACCUUGUUAAACAUUUUUGAACGUCUUUCCUAUGCCCACAGAUAUCUACUGUGCUGCUCCCAAGCCCAAAUCCUCCUCAAAUAUCAUUCUAGUAAAUAAUUCCAGUCUGACUAGCCUAUAAUGACUCUUCUCAUAAGGCCUGACAUCAUUGUAAAAUAAUACAAUGACUCUCUUGCCUUCCAGCCAAGGUUUAGUUGUUGCUAUAUCAGCCUUGGAGAACAUGGCUGCAGUGGAGGCACUCACCAGCCACAAACUGAAAAAAAAAAAACUAAAAUACAUCAAAUAAACUUUUGUUCUUGUUUGUGAGCAGAGCAAAAAGGCAGUAAAUUAUUAGGAAGGUGUAAUGUUUAUUUUUAAAAUUCAACCAGUUAAUUUGACAGCUCCUAAAAUGUUGUACAGAAUUUGUUCUAUGACAUCUUGUGUAUCACUAUUGCAAAUGUCCUUGAUCUGUUACAGUAUAAUUUAAAGACCAUAUCUAGCAUACCCUAAGUAGUAGACACACAGUUGUCAGACUUGCACUAAAUAACAAUGCUUGCUUGGAUCAAUUUCUAUCUGAAGGUCAUAUUUCUUCUAAUACUCUUGUCUCAUAAAACAGUAUGAGAACUUAAGCUGCGUUCUUUGAGCUGCACCAGAGCCUCCCUCACUCUAGUGCACCACUGGAAAUGUCAUAAUUUUAUGAAAUUUAGGCUGUAGACUUUUAUGGGAUUUCUUCUUUGACUCAAAUGGUGGACCCAAUCAUAAAGACAGUAUGAAGGUGGUGUGAGCUGAUAAUCUCAAACACUUUGAGUGUGUUGAUGAUAUUCUUGUGAGUGGAGUUUGUAAUCUUUAUAUCUCACGAACUGUCUCCAUUUGAGACUGCCUGAUGGGUACAUUCUCUCACUUGUGGGGUAUUUGUGUUAAAUGGCAAAUCCAGAAGAUGUAAGGAUUUCAAUGUCAACAUUUUUAAUGUCUACAAUGGACAUUUUCCUUUUGGGUCAAGUUAUUUGGUGGGCAUUUUGGCCUCUAUUAAAUAGGAUGGCUGUGAAGAGAUGAUGUCGGGAGCAGAGAGUGAAGGUUGAAACGUGAAGUCAGAAAUCAAAUCAGAGACCUUGUAGACAUGUACCAGAGCCUCAAUACAAGGGGCGUGCACUAACACAGCAGGUGCAAUGCGCCUCUUGUCCACUUUGAUCACCUAAUUGAACAGUACCUUCAUGACCCCUGUGUAAUAAAGCUGUUCUGUACACUGUGAAUUGUUGACAUUGCUGUCUUUAGGAGCUCUUCAUGUUUACUCUGCUCGCUCUUGGUUUCUUGACUUAACAACUAUGAAGACUUUUCUAUAUGGUGGUCAUCUCCUUGAUGAGAUUCCUUUUUUUGUGUUUACUGGGUAAACAUUUCUUAGUUUCUGAUUACAAAGUGUGUAUAUGUCCCUUGAGCCUCUAAUCAGUCAGAGCAGGUUUCCUUAAUGUAUCCUGAAGUUCAGAUUCCUGACAAAAGAAAGAAACGUCUAAACAUGUUCCCCAGUGUCUCUGAGGAUUUUCAGAGGAAGUUGUGUUCUGUAGACAGUGUUUCCUUUGUUAGGUCUCCAUUUCUUCACCAGUCAGUCUCUACACGUGGGUUCAUUCACCUUCAUAUUAGAUGACUACAGUUUAAACGGCUUUCUCUCAGUAUGACCUUGUCUGUGCUAGUAACAGACACACACAAACACACACACUCAUAAUCCAUAUAAGCAAAUGGAGUCGAGUCACUUUAAAUGAUGAGUUGUUGACAGUAAGGAAACCACAUUUAGCAAGGUCAAACCUCGGUCGUAGAGUUGGUCAUCUCCCAAUUAGAAGGUCAGGGGUUUGAUCCCUGGGCUGUCCACAUGCAGAAGCCUCCUCAGGCAGGACACUUGACACCACCUGCCCCCCGGCUGGCUGUGCCCAGUAAGGCUGAACGUUUUUGGAAAAUAAUCUAUUUGUGAUUGUUUUUCCCCUCAAUAUCACGAUUGUGAUUUAAUAUGCAAUUAUUUUUUCAAGGUCCUCUUCAAAUGUAUUUUUCAACACAACAAUAAAUCAAUCUGUAUCAUAGUAAACAAUAUCAGAUUAAUUAUACAUAAAUUCUUCUUUCUGGCAAUAACCUUUUCACACACACAGGCUCUCUCUGCUUACACACUAUCGCCCACACGCAUGCAUGCGCCAUCGUAUACGUCAUGAUACUACCGAUGGCGAGAAUUGGUGCCCAAAACACUGGAGUCUGGUCUAUUCAAUCAGCUGUGCUGCCAUCACUGUAUUGGAUGUGUUUUCCGUCGUUAUGCAGAUGUGGUUUGAAGUUGAAGUGCUGGUCGCUGGUGUUUUAGCCAUUCACAUAUUGUACAUGGCUUUGUGGUGUUUUUUUAAGUGUUUAUGAAGGUGCGUAGUGUUACCUCUUGAUGUAGCAACAGUAGCACGGCACGUUGCGCAGCAGCAUCUCUUUAGCCAAAAUAAAUCCACACAACUGCCGUGCUCGGCCAUAGUGACACAGAGAGCAGUGUUGACCUCUCUCUCUCUACCUGCUCUACUUUGCUCACAAGUCACAUGACCAGACCACGUGACCAGUCAAAAUUGCAGCUUUUGGGGUUAGAAAAUUGCGUUUAACAUAUUAUGAUAUAAUCGCACAUGCAAUUAAUCGUUCAGCCGCAGUGCCCAGUGUUGUGUAAAUGGAUUUAGUGAAAAACUGAUGGGCCUAUACAACAGCCUCUGCCGCCAGUGUGUGAUUGUGGUGUGAACAGGUAGAUGUGACAUGUAAAGUGAAAGCACACUGAGUGGUCAGAAGACAGAGAAAGAGCUCUUUAAACACAGUCCAUUUAAUAUUUACUCUGCCUCUCAGCUGCUAUUAAGAGCCACAGACGGAUGGUUUACUGACGUAUUGACCACUGUACUAGCCAACAGUAGACAGACUAAUGUUAAAGGAUUGUCUACAAACUUGCUAUGAGGUUAGCUCAUAGCCAGACCAGUGAAAUCCAUACCUAUAAUGCUGCUGUUCUGGAUUGACUCCAGCUUUAAGAUUUGGAUGGUCUAAAGAGUGGUCUCAUUGAUUAAGCCUUCAUCAGGAGUUAGCAGGCAGUGGGUGUGGUAUAAAACAUGCUCUAAAUCUUCAGCCUGAUUAUUCCGAUUUCUUUUGUCUUUUAACUCCAGUUUUGUUAUUAAUUUUAUAAAAGCUACAUUUUUUUGACAAAAAGAUUUAUUGCUAAAGAAGGCUAAAAUGUAAAAUGAAAUGUAAAAACAAUAAUUUUCUGGUGUUGCCUGAUUGGUAUUUGGUUUCACUUGGGGAGUGUUGGUUUGGUUUUGUAGUCCUAAGGUGUGAAAGAAAUAAAGCUGCAGCACCAAAAGACUGUGCUGAGCUUGGAUAGGAAGUGUUUUAAGUGUAGUUACUGAAAGAUGUAAAGGGAUACAACUCUAUUUCCACUUGCUGAGAAUGAAUGUUUGUGGUCUGUGUUGAAAUGUUCACAUUGUUAGACUUAAAAGAACAGCAGGGAGUGACCGAUUAACCAAGUGAGUUGGGAAAUCAUCUGUGGGAGAACUGCGGGGAGCAUAACAAUGACUUUGACUGUCAUAAUUAUUCUUCUUGUGAAUUGAUUGGCUUCUUAAUAAAUAAUUUGGGUUAUAAACAAACUUGUCUGAAGUGAAGCUGAAGAAAAGCACAUGCAGCUCAUCUGACAAAGAUCAAAAAUGAAGGGCUAAGAAGUUUGUCAUUUUACCUAAAUUUAACAUUUUCUAAAUCAACACCGCCAAAUCUGCAACAUUUGAAGGAGUGCUUGUGAAAUAAUUCAGAGAAAAUGGAAGACCACACCUCGCCCUGUAGGAGAGAAGUUCUGGCGUCUGUUGUGUUCUCAAUCCCUGGUUUCAUUAGUCCUUUGAAACCUUCCGCUUCCUCUAAAGCUCAACCCAGCCCUGUUAUUGUGAGCCCUGUUGAAGGACACUACAGGCUGGGAUUAUUGUUGCCAAAACAUGUUGGAUCAUGAUACUGUUGAUCCUGAGGCUGUUGAACUUCAGUGAGAGAAUAAGACAGAGCUGUUUGGUCAGCAUUAGUGUGAUUAUAAUAGCAUCAUUUUUUUCAAGGCUCUAACUGUGAAGUGUUUCUGUUUCUCAAAGAGAUCAGAGAAACUGACCCACAGCAGUCUGUCAUGUGUCUGCAGUGACUGUACAGCCUGUUGUCAUUAGCAACAGUGUUUGAGCAUUAAGAUUUCCAAAAUAAUGGAGACUGUGUGACCUCAAUUUUACUCUCUACCAGCCACUGGGUUAUGACUAAAUAUGACUAAAAAGAAGCUGGGUGGAAAAAGAGAGGUGGGAAGAAAAGAAAGACAAAUGACCACAUGUAUAAGAACGAUUCAGUCGAGGUUCCUUAACAUUUUCUGCAAGACCUCCCUGUGUUAGAUUUAAUCAUUUUCAAGCCCCCUUAACAUCCACACCAACAAAUAAACAUGCUUAAUAACUAUAGACACCCUAUAUGUAGGGUGAGUGGACGCCCAGUGUUGGUGGAGGGGGAGCCAAGUUCAUUUUCAGAUAUUAAUGACCCAGCAGCCUUCUAACAAAAUUAGCUACACUUUGCAAACAUUGUAGAGGGGUCUGUGUCUAUCAACCACUGCAGGAGAGGAAAAGUAUCAUAAAGAACAUAUAGGAGAACAAGGGGUGUGGUGCAACAAAAGCCACAGCUGUGAUUGUUAUGAUGAUUGGAUGGUGAGAUUAGGUGUACACUACAGAGGGUUUUUCUUGAGGGUAGCGAGGGGGGUCUGUGUGUUUGUGUGUGUUUUACAGAGUUGGCUAUAAAUAGAAACUUAGCUAAGUUUCCUUUUAAUACAGGCCUGGUAGCCUGCAGAGUGUGAUUGUACUGUACGUGGAGCCAGAGGAACUUGCUUAUCAGUUGUUCAUUCCUUGCAGGCGUCACUGCAGAGUGUGUUUAAUAGUGUCCUAUAGGAGAGACAACAGGAUUGUAACUACUGUUCCCAUGGCCAACAUACCCUGAAAUUUGUAGGUAAUCAGCGUUGUAGGUGCACCAUCAGACCUUGAGUCACCAGUAUUCAAAUCCAAGUUUGAGCCCGUAUCGUUGAAAAAGAAUCCAAAUGACCUUAACUGCUGUAGGCUGGCAGCAGAAGGGCCAGAAAACAUGUUUACUGAGCCGAGAAAAAAAUAUAUCUUUUUUUUUGUUUUUUUGUUUUUUUGCAAAAAGAACCUGGUUUUAAAAAAUGGCUUUUGUCUGAGUAGUUCCCACAGCACCCACUGAACUUGAAGUGAAUUAUAUUGUAACGUUUUUGUUUCAAAGAUAUGAAGGUUGAUAGUAAAGGGAUAUUCCGGCGUAAAAUUAAUUUAGGGCCAAACACAUCUUAACACAGAGUUAGACACCCCCUCCAGAGAUGAAUGUUGUUGACUGCUUGCUUCUCUAGUUAUACCAACCUACACCUAUACAAACCUCAACCAAAACACAACUCUAUAGCCACAAAUAAUGCUCAGAACAGCACCUAACUUCAUCAGCAGUACAUAUAGGGUCCCAGCCAUAGUACUAGCCACCAAACAUCUUUUUAACUUUGCCUAAUUUCUUCCGCAAAGAGACUUAACACAACUCACUUACACUCUUCCAGCAGCCGCUUUUUUGUAGCGAGACCUCAGGCCAGUAAAAACAAAAAACGAAAAAAUCUCUAGAAGCUCUGGUAGAAGCUCAAGUUGUGUAAGGAGGACAAAUGUCUCAAUUAACCAACAAAGUUACAGCCCAAUCUCCAGUGAUGUAACUGCAGUCUGUUCAUCAUUACACACACACGGAUCAGAAAUCUGCUUUACUGGGUUGCAUACAACCAUAAUAAAUGAAUAAGUCGAAGAGUUGUUUUGAGUUCAAAUAUGAUUUACUUUCUAUCCAAAGACACACAAUAAAAACAUGCUGCAUGUAUGAAACUAAUGUCGAAGUGUAUUUGCUGAAUUUCUGAACACAAUUUUUUCCUGUCAACUAAAUGUUUGCUUUCAUCUUUCUGUCUCCUCAGGUAUAGAGUAAAAACUCUCUCCAUCUUGGUGUGUUUCUGGUCCUACCACCUUCACCUUCACCUGUCCUGUCCAGUCCAGUGAUGCGCUUAAGACCGUUCUAACUCCUGUUUUGGCAAGUCCAAGUCUUGUCCAUGGCUGGUCAUGUUUUAAAUCGUUAACCACUCGGCGUCAAGCUGGACCCGAAGACUUUGUCUCCCCAUACCUGCUCCUCUGCCCCGGCCCCUAAAGAGCCUUCUGAAAACACAGCUCUGCCUUACAACCCAGGGCUCCUAUUGGCCAGUGAAGAGGAAGAAGAGGAGGAGGAGGAGGAGUAUGUCAGUGAAGCAAGUCUGCCCGCUUUGCUGCAAGAAUUCGCAAAUAACUACAGAGAUGCAGAGACCAUCACCGGUAAUGUCCCUCUGCAUUCAAACACAUACAUUGACAUAAUGCACUUGUCAUAAUAAAUCAACACAAAUGAAAGAGAAACAGACAUAAAUGUUUGUUUUUUUAUGGGUCUGUUUAGUUUCAGUGCAGAUGUAUUUCAUCUCUGUGCUGAAGAUGUAAUAACAGCUUAGUAGUACUUUAAUAACAUAUCUGCAGUAUCAUUUUAACAACAGCUCUGUAGUAUCAUUGUAAAAACAGAUCUUAAGUAUCAUUGUAAUAACAGCUCUGAAGUCUCAUUUAAAUAACAACUCUAUAGUGUCACUUUUAUAACAGCUCUGUAGUAUCAUUGUAAUAACAACUUUGAAGUCUCAUUUUAAUAACAGCUCUGUAGUAUCUUUGCAAUAACAGCUCUGUAGUAUCAUUUUUAUAACAACCUUUGUAGAAUCAUUGUAAUAACAGCUCCGUAGAAUCAUUGUUAUAACAGCUCUGUAGUCUCAUUUAAAUAACAGCUUUAUAGUAUCACUUUUAUAACCGCUCUGUAGUAUCAUUUUAAUAACAACUCUGUAGAAUCAUUGUAAACACUGCUAUGAAGCCUCAUUUGAAUAACAGCUCUGUAGUGUUGUGUUAAUAGCAGCUCAGUAGUAUCAUUGUAAACACUGCUCUGUAGUAUCAUUGUAUACUGAGGAAGUGGCUGUAUGAGAGUGUGACAGCAAGAGCGAGGCCUGUGGAGCUGUGAGAAACUGUCUCCUCUGUGUGACCCGCUUCGAAUGUCACAUCCUGUCAGUAAAACAGCUCCAGGGGACCUGGGCUCUGUGACUGAGCCAGCAUGUGAAAAGAGCUCCCAGUGGACUGUCUCUGUCAACUUGUUCACUCAUCCUUCUUCUUCUUUUCCUCUCACCACUCAUCCUUCUCUUCAAGAGAGCACAGGGACACUAAUGUGUUGCCCCCCGUGGUUUUGUUGUGCUGUGGACCAUCUUCUUUCUCCUCACAGUUUGAAUGAGCCCAUCUGGACCAAGUGUCUGGCAGGCGCUUCAACAAAUGAAGUGAUAGCAUAUGAAUAAUGAAUGGAUAUUGAUUCAUUUUUGGUGUUGCAGUGCUAAUCAGGCUGCGGUGUAGAAACCAAACUGAUGACAGACGACUUUUUUAAGAAUCGAUGUUAAGACUGCAGAGUACUGAGACUGCUGUACAUGACUGCAACCCAGAGGGAUUCAUCCAGUGCUCUGUAUUGAUAUAAAACUUGGAAGACAACACUUAAACAAGGAGCUGAGAAACAUGAAGGAAAGGGCCCAGUGGAGGGGACAGUCAGGGAGCUGGAUACUGCCUGGCAAAGAGCCAUCGUAGCAAAGCAGGAAGGGAUGCCAAGAAACUUGUACAGCACAAGACCACAGAGUCUGUUCAGCACUGAUUGAGACAACAGCAGUUUCUUAUGCAAAAACAGGAAGAUGCUAUACUGUACUUUCCUGUUACACACAUGCUUCUGCUGUCGACCCAGUCCCCUUUGUUAGAUUGAAAACCAAGCACCUGAUUCUAACUAAAAGUAAGGCAUGAAGUAUUUUCUGCUACCUUUGAUGAACUUUCAUACCUUGGAAAGUCAGAAACUUGGCUGCACCAUUUCUUUAUCCAUUUAUUAAGUUUCCAAAGCAGCUUAACCACUCACAGGGUCCCACAAGGCUGGAGCCGACUUCACUUUACAUUGGCCAAGAGCCAGAUUACAUCCUCCUUUGUUAGAGCUAUCAUAUGGUGUGUUGUCAUGUAGAGUCAGUUUAAGCUUAAAGCAUCUUCUACAUUAUUUAUUAUAGCUUGGUGGAGUCACUUCAGAAUGGAUGUAACCCUUGAUAUUGACUGGAUCAGUGCAUUUGUGGCUCUUUCUGAACAUAUGUUGUUUGCUGUUAAACCUAUGUUCGAAUAUAUCAUAUCAUAUAUCAUAUAUUAUAUCAAGGCUGUGAAAGCUGCUUUUGUGGAUGACUAGCCAUGUUAUAGUGGUGUUACCUCAUUCAAAUAUAUUGCACAGAAAAUCUAAGAGUACCAUUUAAUAUUAAAUGAUAAAGAUACAUUUUCAGUGUUGACUGAUAUUAAGAUAUAAGAUUUAGCAUUAAGUAACAAUCACACAAAGGAGGAAUGACAUAACUUUACAUCUAAUGCUUCACUUUCCACCUUCUUUGGUUUUAAAACUAUACCUCAGUUUUAUAUUUCAAAUAUUUGGAUCCCAGUCUGUUCCAGUGGAAAAGAUAUCAAAGUUUAAACAAGAGAAACAAACCAUCAGAUUCUUGAUCUGACUCAUGCGCAGUCAGACAGGAACAGUCAACCAGACAGGAGUGUAACACCUGUGAUUUGCAAAACCAAAUGAUGAGAUGAAAUGAUACCUUGGCACUACCUACGGUGGUCACAUGUCCAAAACGCCAAAGCUAUUUAAAUGCAGCUGAGUGAGGACAGUGCAGUGCUGCCAUCUUCUGGUGUGUUAGGAUUAUUAAACACAAUUUACUUUUUUUAUACAUAAAAACAAAAUUUACGAGUUUAAGUCAGUAGAUGUUUCAUUUUAAACUUUUUGGGGCCUGUCCCUCUAUUUUCCUUCUGUCUCUCACUUAUGUUUCACCAUCAGUCCUUCCAAACACUCUGCUUAAAUACUUCCUCACAAAGUGAAAGAGACUUUGUGCAAGUGUGUAUGUGUGUGUGUGCGUGUGUCUAACUUCUCUCAGUCCAGAGCAUGAAUAACCACAAAGAGCUGAAUGGAGCAGCUCACUGCCAUGGAGCAGUUCCUGGGCGUGAGGUGAACUCUCCGUGGUUACCGGCCAGCAGUGAUAUAAAGAGUUGAGUAACUGUGAAAUUAUGGGAUGCUCAGGGAGGAGAGAGAUCAGGAACGAUCACUCGGACAAACAGUUACAAGUUAUGUAAGUGGACACACAGAGUAGAAUCCAAAUUGCUGAGUCUGCCUGCUCACUCUCAAGCAAUUACAUCAUGGGAAAACUUCUUUUGUGUUGUAAUGUUUGGAGAAGAGCCUCAUUCUUGUUGACUGUUUGCAUUAUCACAUACACCGGAGGAGACAGAGCCAAGUUAUAUUAUACCGAAACUGUACUGACAAAGUCAAGCCAAUCCCUCUGGAACAACUCUAUCGGAGAAGUGUUUCCAUUUUGUAGGAUUUUAAUUGGACAUGCAGGUUUGUCAGAUGUGGGCUGCCUUGCAUGUUAACUCGGUGUUGCUAUGGAUUCUGUGUUUUUGUACAUGGAAGGUCAGAGCUGAUGGGUGCACACAUUACAAAACAGGCUGAGCGGCAUUUGUUUGGUCACUGCAGGAACCUUUUAAACUCCGCAAAACAAUCUUGGAAUUUUUGGAGUGCUUUUAGCAUCUGAGUGCAACUUUGAAUACGCCUCUCGAAACUGAGUUUGUGACAAAUACUGCUGGACUAACCUCAAGCAUAAACAGAAGCAGUUGGUGCUCUUUUGACUCUCCAUCUUUAUAUUUCCUGUGUUUGAGGGAGGUGUUACCAUCAUAAGAUAUUGCAUGUUUACAUUUUUGAUACAGCGACACGUUCUGUCAUGUCUGUGCUUCCUUACUUGAUGUUUCCAGAGCACACAAUGGCCUCAUUCUGCACAAAAUCAGUAUCUGCUCUGACAUCUAUUUAUUCAACACCAUUGAGACUUAAAGGGAUAUUCCGACAUAAAUUUAAGUUAGGGUCAAACACACCGUAACACCGAGUUAGACACCCCCUGGAGAGAUGAAUGUUGCCGAAUGCUUGCUUCCCUAGUUACACCAACUUUAGUAGUACUAGCCAUCAAACAUCUUUUUAGCUUUGCCUGUUGUCUCUAGCAAAGACACCAAACACAGCUCACCCACUCUCCUCCAGCAGCCGCUUGUUUGUGGGGGGAGCCCUGAUGUGUCUAUAACAGAGACAACCAACCACAGUAUGAAAACGGCAACUAAGUUAUUGUACAUACAACAUGGCUUAUGUUAGGUUGAUAUGCUGCAAACAGCUAACAUUUAAAACUAUUAAAGUCAAACAUCAAACUUGGGCAUCAGAUUAUACCGAGAGCGCUUAGGUGGAGAAUUUUUUUCCUUUUUCUCCUAAAUGAAAUGCCUGAUCUGAGUGACGUUUGCUCUAUGAUUGCUCCACGUUCAACCAUGGAAACACAGUCUACAGGUAUGACAAACCAUACUGUAUGCAGAACUGCACAAACACUCAGUUUUUUUGGGAUUGGACUUAAGAAAAGAAGAGAAAAAUUGUUUGCUGACAAAAAAAAAUAAUACUCAGGUCAUGUAUACAUACUGAAGAAAUGGAUUCAAGUAUAUUAACUUUGUCUACAACUGUAUUGCCCUCCAACUAUGCAAAUUACUAACAACCAGCUUAAAAAAAAACAGUUUACUGCUAUCAUCUGGAAAAUCAAAUAUGUGAAACUGAUUAUGUUUCUCUGUCAGGUAAAAAAAAAAAAUCUGCCUUACUCUAACUUUAUGACUUCUUGACUGACAAAAUCAAAACUUGACUGUACUGUAAGCAACCACAAACCACUGAGGGCUCAUGUAGAGCAUUUCUGAAUGCUCUCUGAGGUAACCUCGUCAUCAGCCCAGUCACCUCUGCCAGUUUGUGUCGUAAUGGUUGGCAAAAUAUGCCUGUAAACUUUCAGUAAUGGUCUGAUUCAGAGUCCAUGCUACAGUAAGGAAGAACAAAGCUGCAUUGCAGGUUAUAUAAUCUAGUUUUGGUAUCAGGAGGACACAGUUAUCUGUUGAAUUAUAAGUGGUUCCAUGAAGGUACCGGGCAAGAGUAUCAACUAUAAAACCUGAUGUUGCACUGAUGCUAGUUUUCACUCUCUGAUCAGUAAUUCUCGUUCCUUUUGUAGUGUUUUAAAAGUGACUCUCCAGUGAAAACUUAAAUAACAUGAGCAUAAUAGACAAAGAGAACCACUCAGGUAAAGAAAUUUGAACACCUGACCUCACCACAGCUUCCCACACUGAGCUCCUGCAGGCUGCCAGUGAUAUUUGACCAGGUUGACAUGCUCUCCUGUGAGGUAUGUGUUGACCCUCUGAGACCAGCGGCAGCUUUCAACUACAGCCCAGUCUAAUUCUAGACCCUCACAGAGCUGGUACUGAAGCCUCAUGGGAACAGCAUUGACAUUUUAGAUAGUACUGCUGGGAUAGAGUUUGAGUUUUAAGUCUGGUUCUCAAUUGAUUAUAGUUUUGCCUGUAUAUAUCAGUAGUUUGUUGCCCAAACAUGAUUGGUGCAUUGAAAUAAGAUCUAAACUGCUUUUUACAAGAACUAUAAAAAGUCUAAUAUUUUUCAUAAAUUAAGUUAAUAAAACCAAAAAGUUCCUCCUAAAUAUUUAAAGACCGAAAACAAACAACUCUUGAUUUGGUUUUGAUCCUUUAAAAGCAAAAUAACACUGGGCUGAAGUUCGACAUGAGCCCCAUUAAGUGCCUCCCACAUUUACUGCCGUGUUGAAUGUUGUCAAGUCAGCUAUGCCAAUAUUUUGGCUCCUCAAAACACUGUCCUGUUUUUGUUCCCUAAAACAGAGGCCUCUGACUCUCACAACAACUAUUUGAGAGCGGGAAGUGAAGCCUCUGACACUCAUGAAGCAAGUUAACAACAGUGUGCUGCUAGCAGCGAGUGUUUAGUUACAUAUUAGCAAGUCUUGUAUUCCUGGCUGUUAAACAUUGAAGUAAACCUAAUUCUGUUUCACAAAUGUUAACACACAGUUAAGUAGCCCAAUGAUGAUAGAAGUUUGUUAGAUAUUUUAGAGCUGUAAAUAGAAUUUGUCUAUUAGGGUUAAGGUUAGGGUUAGCAAACAAAGUUAGCAAAGAACCACAUUGUGAUGUUAGUCAGAGCUAGCUUUGUGUUAGCUAUUCAUGUGUUUCAGACCGUCAUAUAUGUGAAGGUUUUUCACAAAAAGUAUUAAGUUAACAUAACUUAAACAUGUUAAGACACAUUUUAGAGUAUUUUGAGCGUUAUUUUCCUCUCAAAAUUUAAUAAUUGAAACAUGUUAAAACUUUUCCUGUAGGUAAAAAAGGGAAAAUUGAAAGACAUCUGGAGGUUUUUUUUUAAAGCUAUUGCUAACUUUAGCUUAGCUUAGCAUAGUUUUAGGGUUAAGAUUUAGUGAGAACAAUAUGCAAUGUGUGAUUAUUUUGCUCUGUAUUAUAAUAAAACUAUUUAGUGACACAUUCAAAUCAGUUUUUUUUCCUCUCCCCUAAAUACCAGUGUCAGUGUAUCUGAGAGACACACAGUGUUGGCUAAUACUCAACUGUAGGACUAGAAUCAGGACCAGAAGGGGAAGUAUUAGGACAUUCCCAGAAUAAAGAGCAAAUUGAGUUUCCCUUUUGAGUGCAUUUUGCUCACUUCUGCAGAUGUAAGUGAAAGUGUAAUACAACUAUUUUUCUUGUUCAUUUUAUUCAUUGUAAUACUUAGAAUUGCCUCUUUUGUCUUUAGUCUGAGAGUUUACUUCGGAGCAACAUGUUCUUGAACAACCAGAAAGACAAAUAGCUUCAGGCGUGCUGUGACCUGCGGUGUGUAUAUACUGAAGCAGGACGAGUAGAGAGAGCGAGAGUGUGUUUAGUUAGCACAGCUCAGAGGAAGAAAACAGCUGGGUUUGUGGCUGUCAGAGUGAGGAAGACAGAGUGGGGGGUGAAGUGCAGGGCGGUCCAUGUGGCUAUCGUCACUGGCAUGUCAAGCAUGACGGGCUAGUUUGGCUCGGGUCUUCUCUCUUCACUCCUCCCUCCCUCUUUUCCUCUCUCUCUCUGUCCUGACUCUUACUGUCAGUGCCGUCCGCUGAAACUUUUGACUCUCUCUCUCUUUCAUGUUCUUCCUGUCUCCCACCCUCCCAAUACUCUUUCUCUCUCUCCUCUGUGCUAUUUCGUUCGACCUUGCUCUCUCCUGAUCCAGUGGAAAAUGUGAUUGGGGGGCAAGAGAGUUGGUGGUUGUCGGGCGUCAGGCACCAUGAGUGAGUACGCUGAGCACAGCAUGGUUUUCAGCCAGCUGUGGCUGCUCUUUGUGCAAGUUUACAACUAUCUGGUUAACAUCUGGGUCUCUGACUAACUGUGUUCACUUCUUUAUUUCUUUGUUUGUUUGUUUGUUUUUUGUUGUUGUUUGUUUGUUUUUUUUUGUUUGUUUUGUCUUUCUAUCUUUAACUCUGUGAGCUCUUUUUUUCUCCUUUUUUGGAGUUGUAUUUUAGGGAACCUACUGGAUUUGCCCAGACAAAUUUAAUGUUCAUUUUUCUGUAGUGUUUUGCAGUGUCAGUUCUUAUACGUCUAACAUGAUUGAAGCUUUAAUCUUAAAUUUAAAAUAUCUUUUGUUUUGGUUUAAAAGUUUACAUUAGGAGUGUUGUGAAAAAGGUCAGCAUGGCCACAUGUAACACUGUCUUGCAGUCCUUGUUUACAGGAGGCAGCCACUUUGGACACAAUAUUUGUUGGACAUAGUUUAAAUUUGUCUCACUAUUUCAGCAACAUUUAUGAAGUCUUCGUACUCUUGUGUUGUUUCUGCAGUCUGACUAUAGAAUCAUGUGGUGCCAGCUCACGUGCUCCUAUACCCUUCUUCUUUCCAGUGACCUAAAUUUGAGUGUCAGUCCAGUGAUACUACACAGACUGAUGUUGUAUGCUCAAUGUUUGCUCUUGUGUGGGCAGGUUUUGUUUUGACACUAAUGCUUGAUCAUGCCAGUGUUAGUAUAACUGCAGCGGUUUAGAUUGAUGAAAUGACUUACAAAUGUUGGAAAAUGCAACAGUACUGGUACAUUGUCACCUACAUAUCAGACAGAAUCACCUGGACUUGAUUUUGUCUUUCUGUCUUUGAGUCCUCCAUUCCUCUGUGCUCUGUGCAUGUAAAUGUGUUAAUUGCUCAGUGUGACAGUGUGACCGCCUGUUCUUACAUUUGAACUUGAACUUGCUUCCUCUGUUUGCCAGCGGUCUAUAUUUACACCUGAAUGUCACACUCAAACUUUUCCUAUUCAUGAGGCAAAACCUUGGGUUGGAUUUACAAGAUCGUGCCUCUAUAUGAUACUGAGCAGGGAGAAUUCUGAAUCAAAACAGGUGCUACAUGUUAAGUCCUGCUUCUUAUAUUGUGUUGUCUGUGUGAGUUAUCAUGCAAUGCCGUUCAUUGUGUAGAAUGAAAUCCUGUCAGAAGAGCCACCUGAGAACAAAGGUCAACAAUGCUCACGAAAGACAGUAUAUUUACUUUGUACUUUAAACACUUCUUGUCAACUUCUUGCGGCUCAUUUAGUAACAUUUAGUGCACAUUUACAAACUAGACCGCAGACAUUCACACAUACUCAUUUUUUUUUUGUCUGUCUCCAUUCAUUGACCUUUUUUGUCAGCACAGAAAGCUUUGUACUAUUCUUAUCCUCACUCAUAUCCUAUCAGUACUCUAUUUGGGAGCUUAAGCUUGUCGGUCAUAUUUCAUUUCAGUUCAGAGGAAGAAUUUUGUCACUCAGCGUCCCCUUUAUGAUCAGUUGAUUUCAAUAUGAUUCGUCUGUUGUCAACAUUAAGAACUCUCAAAACUUUAUUAAGGUGACUCCAAGCUUCACAAGGGCACUAGAUUGAACUUUUUACAAGGCUUGUUCUUGUUGAUAACAGUAGUUGUGGUUUUAUUGAUUAUUAUUGAUUAUAUUAUUAUUAUUUAUUAUCUACUUCAGCCGCCACUCCAGCCGCCACAACUUUUGAACCGUCCUCCAUCUCCUCACCUGUCUUCCCUCUUUGUUACAGACUGGAUGGGGUGGAGUCACAUCUCUGACGUAGGACAGCGUCUUAAAGGGACAUGAGACCAUAGCCCACCUACACUCAUCCAAAACCAAUUUUUAUUUAUUAAUUUUUUGACACCCAAUAUACCGAUAUGGGCAAAAUGACAUCGGAUAUUGUCGUAAAUUUUGGUAUCUGUAAAUUUUCAGUUUAUCGCCCAGCUCUAGUUAUGGUAUAAAAACAAAAGAAAAGGUACAGACGCAAUAACAGCUUAACAUUUAAAGUUGGUUCUCAUAUUCCAGGAGGUGAUUCUGCCAUUGUGUUGGAUGUUUUUAUUCAAGGGUGAAUUUAUAAAAAGAAGAAUCAAACAGAAUACAUACUCAGAGACAAUGGAGGAGGGAUUGUUUUCAUGGUAUUCCCCACAUUAAUCAAAGAUGUCAUACAGUUGAAACUCCUGAGUCAAUGUCACUGUUGUCGCUUGUCUAAUGGUGUUGCUAAUUGUAAUUUGGUAUUCAGUCUGUCCUGAAACCUCAUUGGCUGAGCUGGCCGAAUGAUUUCCCAGCUACUGUAUGAGUGCUUGUGCGUGUUUCCUUUUUUUUCAGCACAGUCAGUCAUUCAGUACUGGAUUAGCAAACUGAGAGACAGCAUUGUUUAAGGCAGAGACAGACAGAGGGACAGACAGGCAGCAGAGGAGAGCGACAGAGGCAGCAUAGAGGGAGGCAGAGAAACAAAGGACUUGAUUUUGACUGUAUGUUAAUUCCCAUUCUCUCUCACAGCUGCCCAUUGAUGAGCUUUUAAUUUUGACGUUUCUGUUCGAAAAACAAGGAAAAAUUCAAAACUGUGUCUGAAUAGGGACAAUGCACGCCUCAAUCUUAAAUGGCUGAGUCUUUUUAUAGCUCACUAAACUUGUGAACAGAGAGGCACAUAGCUGAGGGCUUAGGUAAGAUGAUUUAGUUUUCCACCACAGCACAUAAAUGUAGCUCUCUGUUUGACUCUGGUUUUUGAAAGGAGGGUUUUUGUGGACUUUGUAGUCAACAAAGAGAAAGAGAGAUUGUGGGCCUGUUCAGCUGCCUGUCUAAGAUGACAUCAUGCAGGAUAUGACAGCAGUUCUUUUAGUGUAUAGGUUUUUUUUUAUCCAGACGGGUACAAAUCCAAGCAACAUAAGCUAUUUGCUUAACAAUUUUGUACUCAUGCUUGUCCGAAAGUAUGGAAGUGUAUUAGAUUCACUUAAUCUAGUGUGCUCAAGUGAAAGAGGAAACUGUUUUUUUUUUUUGAGUAAUUUUUUUCUUCUUUCUGUUUUCUGACCAUUUUUUUCUUUUUUCUUUUUUUCCCCUGCUAAUAUUUUUCCCCUCUUUCUGUUUUUUUGGACAAAAUUUUAUUCAAUUUUAUGUUUUUUUUUUACAAUCAGAUAACGUUAACCACCGCGGCUGCUCCUUAUCAGUGGAUUCUUCAGCUCUUAGAUAACUUUGACUACGGAGUCAAUGAGAGUCAAGCAAAAGAAAAUAACUCUGAAAAACAGAAAAUGAUGAGUCAGAAGAACAGAAAAUUUACCCUUGUUCUUGGUGUUUUAUUCUAUUGCUGUCUGUCCUUGUUUUCCUUUGUACAUCCUUUCAUAGAUUUCAUAGCCUGCGUCAAACUAAAUAUAUUAAUAAACAACAAAAACGAGGUGAUACUUUUUUCCAAAACCAAAAUGAAAUGAACCAAAUGAAGAGUUUGAAUAAAAAAGCAAAUUUCCAUUCAGUGAACCUGACCUUUACUUCACCUCUGUAUUGAAGUACAGCAAGGCAGCUGAGAGGAGUGGUGGUUUAGUUCUUAAGUUGUCCACUAGAGAGCAUCACAGUACUACUCCUAGUACAACUUCAUGUUAAAUGAGGACAGGUGUUUUACUCUCUUAUUUUCCUAGAGCCAUAGAGCACACUGUUUAAAAUCAUAAAUCUCUGUCCUAAAGAUAAUGCUUUCUUUUUUUCUGUUGAUGAUGCAUUAUUCCAUGACUGUUGACAUGCUGUUCAAAAGAAGAAACAGUGUUUGUCUCUUUCUCUCUGCAGAUGUCUGUAACAGUACUGACCUGCCGGAGCUCGAGAUUAUCAGUCUAUUGGAGGAACAGCUGCCCGUCUACAAGCUGAGGGCUGACACAAUCUUCGGCUACGACCAAGAUGAUUGGCUGCGUACACCCAUGGUGGAGCCCAACUCUGCCCUUGACCUGACCAACGAACAGAUAGAGGAGACCCUCAAAUACUUCUGUAAGUUCAUCAGUGCGAUUUUGCCACCUUUUGAAGUAGAAAUAUUUCUUUUGCAAAAACUCAAUGUACGAACUACUGAUUGGUGAUCCCUCCUUGGACCAAAAAAAGUCCAGUCCUCGAGGCCCACUUUCCUGCAUGUUUUGGAUGUUUCCCUGCUCCAACACACCUGAUUCAAAUGAUCAGCUCGUUAUUAAGCCAUUACAGAGCUUGAUAACGAGCUGAUCAUUUGAAUCAGGUGUGUUGGAGCAGGCAAACAUCCAAAACAUACAGGACAGGGGGGGGCUCAAGGACUGGACUUGAGAACCACUGGGUUAGCUCAUAACGCGCUGCUGAAUCAGGCCUAUCCUGAUAAACUGGUUUCCGUGUAUGUAUGUGUUGUGAUAGGGAAAGGUUUUUACUGAACAUAUUGCUUUAUAGGCCUUUGGAUGAUUUUAAUGUGGUUUGGCAGUUUUGGCUCAGCAUCUAGAGGACAAAAUACUCAUUAUUAAUGUCAGAUUUCUAGCUUAAGAAACCAGCUCCCUUAAUACAUUUGCUCUAUGAUAUCCAAAAACAACCCUGCAAUGUCCUUUAAAACCACAGUUGUUCUGAAAAAAUGAGGCCUAAUUAUCUUAAUGUAAGAUUUACUCUGACCUUGAGUGGAAACUAUCCCACAGGGACGCACAGUUGGCCGUCUGCCAAUCAGAGUUCAGGCGUGACAGCUGACCAUGGUUUCCACAACAAACACACCUGAUGUGCUCUCCCUCUUCCAUUCUCUGUUGAUUGAUGUUUUGCCUUUCUGUGCCUCAAUAUUUUAUAUUCAAGCACGUGUCUACUUUUGUCUUAUCAAGCUAAGAACUGCCCUGAGGUUGACGCCUCAGGCAGCACUAAACCACACAGUCCCAUUAGCACAAGGCUACAAGCAAAAGCACGCUUACACCAAACACGUGUGCACAGCGAAGUGAGAGAAUGUGGAGUGGGUUUUUUCAUCAUCAAUAAUUCAGUUUUAAUUUGUUACUGCUUGAACAGUGACUCAGGGUAAAACCAGCCUCUAAAAAUAGAUCAAGUGUCUUAUAAAUAGGCUUCCCUGAGUAGAGUAACUUGCCCCGGAUGCUCCAUGUUGUCAUGGUCACCUCCACCUUGACAUUUCUCCUAGUCACAGAGGUUAAAAGGUAGGGACAAGGUCAUGUUAUGUAAGAAUGAGUGAGCAAAUGUUUUUUUUAUUUUUCCAUCAGAUGUAUUCUCCAUGUUUUUAUUUGAUCCUCAGUAAUCCUUAUCACAGACUAGAGGCAUGUUGCUUCUAAUUAUUGCCUCAAACAGAUGGCUUGGUAUCGACUCCCUGAGGGGGCGAAUGCGCUGAAGGGUCAUUUUAGUUUCAUUGCGGUCGCGCUGGCUGAGUAUCACUACACGAGUGAAGUGAUCUAGGAAAACUCUCUCUGAUUAAAAAAAAUGCUACGAUACCAACCAGAAGUCUCCCAGGAUCUAAUAUCAUUGAUGUAUCUAUUUAUGCAACUGUUUGACCCGCCUACUACUAAUCUUUAGCCACCUGGAGCUCCCAUUGGUCGAGAUUUGAAAUGGCUCUGGGGUUUAUUAAGGUAAAAUAAACACUGUUACAUCACCAGUGUUGAUUUCUUUCAAGUAUAUCACCUGCUGCAAGUAAGGGCAUGUAUCAGGAGGAUGAUGGCAGGAGCCAGCUGGCCAAUAGGGAGCCGCUUCAGUGUUGUGAUGACAUCACACCCACAUGUCUCAUGAAACAGGGGAGGGGAGAGAUGCUUUUAUAGUGGGUGUAGCUGUAAGGAAGGUUGUCAAUAUUGGUAACCACAUGAAAAAUAAAUGGUAGACAGUAUAGAUAAAGAGUCAUUUUAAAUGAUAAAAUUUGCUUUUAUUGCAACAAAAUCGUAGCUAUGAUGUUUUUUAUAACAUGCGUCACUUAAGAUACCUCUUUUUUUUUUUAAGUUUUCUUUACUUUUUUCUUUUUUUUGUUGCAACCUGCAACCUAAUAAUAAUAAUAAUAAUAAUUGAAAAAAAUUGCAAUGUAUGGUAUGGUAAAACUAAAACUCGCUAAAAAUUGCAACAAUAUUGUUUUGUGGGGCCACUGGUGAUUCCCACCUGUAAUAAGUUGACAGUAAGAGAUAAAGAACAAAUUGAAUCUUAAACUUAUGAAGUAUCUCUUCUCUGAAGUUUAACAUAAAACCUGGGACUUGGAUGAAAAGAAAAUAGGAAUGAAUCAUAUUGUGAGACUAGAAUCUUGAAUCUUCUGGAAAUGUAAGCUGAGCUGUAGGUAGGAAAAAAAAUGUUGGCAAAUCUGUUUUCUCCAGGGAUGUCUCAAACAUCCUCAUCAGCUCAUUAAAAUGAUGGUCCUGGUUACUGUAAGCUUUGGCCUUUCAGAACUAAUAAUAAAAAUAAUUAUAAGAAUAAUAAUAACAACUUUAUCCUUAAUUUGUUCUUUCUAAAACAUGCAUCAUGUUAUACUGUGCCACACAGAUAUCCUCACCUUUACAGUGUUGCCAGUCACAUGUAUUUCAAAUCCGUAUUUAUAGGGGAUAUUUUCUUAUUCUUCAAACAUCAUGAAAGCUUUUCUUUCUGGUGGAGUAGCUGUAAAAAAAGGGCAUGCAAUUAAAUCUUACAGAUUUAUGCAUAACCUGUUUGUUGUUGUUGUUGUUGUUGUUGAGCAAUAGUGCAUGUACAUUUUCUCCCACAGGGGGUGAAAUGUAACUGAAGCUGUCUCAGGAGAGAUGAGGCAACCCCCUGUAUGACACAAGUGAAAUCUUUAGCUGUUACAUGACCCCUCAGGCUCAUCAGUGUUCAACUCUACAGUGUUGCAGCCAAACUGUUAGCCAUACGAGUCUGUUCCUUUGUUUCUUAGCCUAUCAGCUUUUAGUCCAGGCUUUGUCUGAGGAGGAUAAGACUGUGUUGUGUUGAGCUGUGCUUGGAUAACUCCCAUGUGCAUCACAGCAGUUUAUGUUGUCACUCUAGACGUGGUUGACAUUGACUGUGUCCCAGACUGUCAUUGAGUUACAGUCUGUUUCGUCUCAUACUCUGCUCCCACAUUCUUCUGUUCCCCGUGCACAUUUCAUCAGCUGAAAUAACCAAACCCCUUCACACCAGUUGUGUUCAUUCAUUUUGUUUUGCCACGUCACCUCUUCCAACACUGCUCUGCUUCCCUGCUCACUUCCUUUUAAAGCUCUCCUGCUCAGUCUCAGGCCUUGGAGUCUGAGCCUGUUACUAUAGCAACCACACAGAAGGACAAAGUGGAGGAGAGGAGGGGGCAGAUGCUUACAUACGAAUUGAGGGGCGGGAUCAAGCCAGUGAUACUGCCCUCUCUGAUUGGCUGUAUUCAUCCACUAACUCAUCCCACCCCGCUGUGUCAUGAUUUUCAUCAUCUCUGUGGUGCAAAACUCGUGACUGCUGCUGCUCGCUCUGUCUCUCUCUCUCUCUCUCUCACUUACUCUGUAUUUCUGUGAUUAUUGAGUCAUUGUAAAAGAUGCAGGGGUCCAUGUGUGGAGCUGGUGGUGUCAGUGAUCGAGGGAAUCUUACACAAGAGGAGACUGCGGUUAUGAUAUGACUUGGGAAAGGCUCGGCUGGAGGACAAGCUGGCAGGAGGACAUGGCAACAAAUUGACAGGACGCUUUAAAUCGGUCGAUACAGAGGAGUAAAUUUAGCACGUUUUGUGGAGAGCGAAGGACAGAGAGAGAGUGCAGAUUUUUAAAGAUGCAGACUGCUUUAAACACAAUACCUGAGGAAUUGAUGAAGAACACAAGAUGCUACAACUGCUGGUCAUCAGCACUGCAACAAAUAUAGAGCACAGCACAAUGGAAGUUUGCUACUGAAGAGUGUGGGGACAUAAUGGGACCUGUGUGCCAGCUGAAAACUACCAAGCAUGCUGGGAAAGCCGAACUGGAUUGACUUGCAUGUACUAUCAGUACCUUGUAGGACCCCAGCAUUAGCAGCAGCUGGGUGUCUCUGAGCAUGCUGGGACUUUGGAAACUAUACAGCUGUCAGUCAGAGCAGUGAGGAUGAAGAGGAGAGGCCAAACCAGAGGCCAGAGGUUUGUCAAGGCAGACUACUAUGAGCUGGACUGGUACUAUGACGAGUGCACAGAUGGUAAGACAGCACUUUGGUACAGUGUCAUACAGCUGGAUUUGGUUCUUUGAGAGCUGAUUCAAACGACUCAGAAGGCUGAUGUUGCAGCUUUAGUAUAUUUGGUUAUAAGUUAGUCUUAAAUUGCAAAGAUCCCUAUUUGACUUUUGGGCUAAACUGUGACACUUGCAGACAAUCAAAUGCAAAGAUUAUAAACUGCUUUGAUGUAAUGCAAAAAUAUACAGACACUAAUAAAACCAGAUAAACAGCACAAGUGUGGUUCAAAAUCCCACAUCCGAAUCUAUGUUUUAUGUAGUUACUGAACUGAAAUAGACUUAGUUGAUGUAACCUCUUGGUUCAGAGGUUAUAAACAAAAAGAAAUACAUGCUUUGGUAAUGCCAUGCGUGUGUAGUAGCUAGAUUUUACAGAUUCGCUGACACACACGCUGAGGUUCGAGUGGCAGGAUUACGAUGGAUUUUUCAAAAUGAAACAAGGUUAGUGAAAAGGGAGAUAAGUCGUCCCCUGAGGUUCUUUAAAGAUGGAUUAUUUGGUGUUAAAGAUUAAUUUUCCUCAUUGUCCAUGAUUUAAACCUUGAGCAGAGCCGGCUUAAACCAAGACUGUUCAUCUAGUUUCCAUUUCAAGUAAUCAGAGAAAGUGACCUUAUGAACUGAAAAUCACUUCACCAUAAAAUACCAAAACUGAUGUAACAGCUGUAGCUUCAGAAACAAAUCGCUGCAAUAUAAAAAGAUGCUGUAACAGGUGCUAAAAGUCAGCUGAGUCAGUGUAGCUCCUAAAAUAAGCCUCAGAGUAGCUUGUAUGACUAGCCAGGAGUGUAGGUGUAGGAAGCAGGAUUUAAAUUGGUAAUCCAUUUGUGUGAAGAGUCCAUUUGUUUUGACAUAAACCACUCACUUAUCAAAGCUGCUGGAGAAGAGGAAGGAGAUACCAGCUGACCUGGAGAGACUCAUGGGAGUCACAGGUGGCCAAAACAGCUUGUUAUGAGAAAAAAGGAUACAUAAUGAGGAUACAAGAUCCAAUAAAUGGUUGAAGUGACUAGACCUAGAAAAUAGGAGUUCAGGUCUGUCGAGAAAAAGCUGAAGUAGAGCAGAAAAUUUCAAGAUACUUAAUGUUUUUACACAAAAAAAACAUUUCAUCAGGCUGCAACUCUACACGGUUAUUCAGAUUGAUAAACGUAAAAACAGAAGGGGUUGACGUGUGUGAAGACCAAAGAUGGCUGCACAGUUGUAAAUUGCUCAUAAAUCCAAGAAUCUGGUGCAGUGAUUUGCAAUUAUGUAACGUACCCCAGUUUUUACGACAGCCUUUUUUCUGUAGGCUGCAGCACCAUCAGUACAGAACCUUUGUUGACAGUGAUUCUCCAGAUCUGUCUACUACACACAGACACACACGCAGCAGCCAACACAUGGAGGAGACUGAUGGUGCCUUACCACGUGAUAUCAGUGUUUCUCUCUCUUAUUUUGUCUUUUAAAGCAGCUUGAUUUGGGUCCAUGUCCUUACCUGUUAUGUAAUUUAAUCCAUUCACUCCCUCAAUAACCUGUGAUAUUUGCUUUCCAUUUGGCUGAACACAGGUGCCUCAUUUAGCAUUUAACAGUGGUGUGGUGGAGAGCAGGAUCAAUUUGCUAUUAUGUUCUGUUUAUUAUGUUUUAUUAUGCAUGUGUGCUGGGGAUGCUCUGUGGAUGGUCUUACAUAACCGUCUGAGACUGCUCUGCACCUCCCCAAUCUGAGCUGUGCAGCUUAAACAUCUGCAGUGGUUUUUAGCCGUGGCUUUUUUGGCGACAGUCGAUCUCAGACACACACCGACAGGAGAUUUUACAGCUCUGUUUGAUACUGAAGCGAUCAAAUAACAAAAUAUGAGGGGGUUGUCUGGUAUCUUUGAUAACAGUCUUGGUGAGUGUGGAGACAGAAAUAGAAAGCAGCUGGUUUGCUGUUAUUCUGAGAUGUGAAGGGAGGGAUGUGGAAGUAGGUUGGCUUAUAUUUAGCACAAAGAUUUGCAUGCUGCUCUGUGACACCAGUGUCCAAAGCAGCCUGCCAAGUGUUCAUUAGCAAACAGUUUGCUGGCUGGAUGAUAAGAAAGUUAUUAGGGGAGUUAUUUGUCACAAAUAAAGCCUGGGAAUCAAAACAAUUGAACUUGGGACAAGGGCUAAAGUUUGACACCUCACUUUUAGAGCUAGUAGUGACCACCACAAGCUACCAGAGUGGAGAAAAUGUGUUUGUCCCCAUUUGAUCGAACUCCUCCUCCCUCCAACUGCAGUACAAAGCUCAUACUUGACAAACAGCUCACGUGAAAAGGUGGAAGUCCAAAGAAAGGGAAAGUAAGUGGAGUGUAAAGAGAAUGUGACCAGAAAAGCAAUGAGAGGGACAGCACCAAACACACUGAAGCACUGAGAAGUGUUUGUCCAGGACUCUUUUGUUUUCUGCUGCGCUGUAUUCAUUGAAUCAUUGAGGGGAGCUACUCAAGCAUGCAGGACGGGACUGAGCUGGCAUCAGUUUUCUGGACCAAUUACUGUAAUUCUAACAUUUUAACGCUGGUGAGUAAUGAGCAGAAAAUGUGGCUGCUUUGUUGGUGAUGAUUUUUAUGAAUGAGCAGGUCAAACAGGAUAAACAAGGCCAGUUCUGAUGAACUUGUGAUCUUGACAUCCUUCAAACAGCAUUCACGGAAGAAGGAUGAAAAAAAAAUAAAGUUAGGAUAAUUUCCUCAAACAGUGUGGCUAUGAGCCAGAUGCUACUAAAGUAGGUCGCUUGUUUUAAGUUUCCCAGUGGGGGUGCAGCUUUUAAAGGCAUAUUCCGGCGUAAAUUUAAGUUUGGGUCAAACACAGCAUAACCCUGAAUUAGACACCCCCUCCAGAGAUGAAUGUUGCCGACUGCUUGCUUCUCUAGUUAUACCAACUUUAGUAACGACCGCACGAUAGCAAUACACAGUGGUCUAUGUCUUCACGCGCAAACCUCAACCAAAAAGCCACUCUAUAGCCACAAUUAAUGCUCAGAACAGCACCUAACUUCAUCAACAGUACAUAGAGGGUCCCAGCCAUAGUACUAGCGAUCGAACAUCUUUUUAGCUUUACCUAAUUUCUUUAGCAAAGAGACUGAACACAACUCACCCACUCUCCUCCAGCAGCCGCUUGUUUGUGGGGGAGUCCCUGACGAGUCGAUCACCGAGUGCAGCAGAGUUUAGCAGUAUUUCCUUAAAGUAAUAAUCAUCAUAAUAAUCAUUUUCCAUUGGAGACGCGGUAGUUCUUCUGCCUAAGUGUCUUGGUCUGAUUGCAUUUCCAUGAAGUAAUGAUCAAAAAUUUUCUGCUGCACUCGGUGAUCGACUCAUCAGGGCUUCCCCGUAAACAAGUGGCUGCUGGAGGAGAGUGGGUGAGUUGUGUUUAGUCUCUUUGCUAAAGAAACCAGGAAAAGCUAAAAAGAUGUUUGGUGGCUAGUACUGUGGCUGGGACCCUAUAUGCACUGUUGAUGAAGUUAGGUGCUGUUCUGAGCAUUAUUUUCAGCCAUAGAUCGGCAACAUGCAUCUGUCAAGGGGAUGUCUAACUUGGUACUGUGUGUUUGGCCAUAGCUUAAAUUUACGCCGGAAUAUCCCUUUAAAGUUUAGAUUUGGUCUUUCUCAGUCUCCUGUACUGUCUGGUUAACUUGAGUUCUCCUUAACAAUCUUCUAAUCCAGUAUUCAGGACACCAGAUUUUGGGUUUGGCAGUCAAUUGUUAUUAUUUUGUAGGGAUGGGAACGAAGGGUUUUUCAGAGUGACACAAAAACAGCAGACCUGAUUAUUAAGUGAACUCUUGAUUUGUUUGUGUCAGAAAAUUCCAGCCCUACUUAAGAAUGAGGUCAGUGUUAUCAGUGAAAUAGUUUUGUGCCACAGCCCUGGCUUUGUCUGUUCAAUUUCUACCAAACACCUGGUGCACACUCAGUUUUUAUAAACACUGCUGUUUUAUAAAGAUGUGAAUGUGUGCUGUCUCAGAGUCUGUCUCACAACAUGAAGCUGCUUCCUAUAGGUAAACAGCUCUGGUGACAGUGAUCUCCCAUGUUCUUACAGUGUUCAAUGUCUAUUUUAUCUUGAUCAGAAUUAUAACGAAAACUGGAUCUUACGGCUGUGAAUUGCUUGAGUUCAGGCAAACAUUAUUUUCUAUAACACUUGUUUAAGUUUUGGGGAGCAAGUUAAAGAGAAGAGAAAAGGUUCAGCUCUUUACUGGCUUUCCCCAGUUUUGAUGACUCACAGUGUGUUUAAUAUGGUCAAUUUUUAACUAAUACUUCUAUUAUCCUUAAACUCUUCAAAACCUCAUUAACUUGGUGUUUAUCUCCAAAUGAAAAUGACUCUCACCCAAUGAUCCAGGUUAAAUAUUUGUGAAAUCAUUCACCUAUCAAGGUUUCACUGUGACUGGCCCCACCCUAGAAACUAGAGUCAGCCUAUUAUUGUUCGUCUGCCCUAUUCUCACCACAGAGGCUAAACAGGACUGUACCAAGUCACUGUCACUUCAGAGGGGGUUGGGAAAAGACCUACUUUCAAUGUGUUCAGAGUUUUUUAGAAAACAUGUCUCUGCUCUCGUUUGCACUUGUUGAUUCCCACUUGGACAUUUGAACCCAAUUUUAAAAAGAUGACAUUAGGAGAAAGUUAAAUAACUGGAUUUAUGGAAUAAGUUAUACUUUUUUAAAAAUGACCCUUUUUAAAUGUCAGGUUGAAUCUAUUCCAGAAAUGAAAAAUAAUGGGCCGUCUCCUCUGUGUGGCUUCACCCCUCUGUCUCUGAGAAGUAAAGUAAACCUUUUACUGACCGGUGACAGAGGAGACAGGGAGGAGUUAUGGUGUUGUCUCACAGAGUUGGCAGGAACAAAUGAUACACACACCUUAAGGAACUCACCCAGGAGACUUUAUUUUCCACCUGAAGGAUAUGCUGUUAGUCCACAGAGGGCUCUAGGCAUGUAUACUGUAUGCAGUAUACCUUUUAAAAGACUGGAGUGAAAAUGACUGCCUCUUUGACAGCUGAGUACUUUUACAUCUUGGUGCUCACACAGAUUAGAUAUUUAUUCAUACUGUAAAACAGACAACCAGGAGCGCACACCGCGCAGACGGAUCCAUGGCAGCAUGUCUGCAGGUUUUGUGGUUCAGUGGUUAGCCUCAGAGCGGAGGAUGGCUCUGCUCUCAGCUGCUGACACUUGGGAAGAGCUGGAAGACCUGAACGUGGCAGAGGAGGACAGGGAAUAUAUCUUUACCCCCAGUCAUGGAAGCAUUGAGCAGGAGGAAGAGGAAGAUGAGGAGAAAGAAGAUGAAGAAGAAGAGGGAUAUUUCUGUGAAAGUGCAGAGCUGCUGGUAGAGAAUGAGGAGGAGAUGGAUGAAGAGCAACAAGUUCUGUGUGAAGGUAGUCUGCUAUUAACUCUGAUAUGAAAGAAACGUGUUUGUUGCUCUAGUUUCUCUUCUUGACUUGUUUUUGUGCUCGCUGUCUCGGUAUAUUGAACCUUUUUUUUGGUUUGGUUUUCUAGUGAAACUUGCUAUGAAGCUGCAUGUAAUCGGAGAGACGGAUUAGUUAACCUGUGUAAACUUUUACAGAGUAUGUGUCCUGUGUCGCCUUUUCCUCAUGUUAAUGUUGAUCUCAGCACAGAAUAGCUCCCAGCUGAUGUGACAUGUUCAAAUAUGGGCUUGGCUGUCUGUCCCUGAUGACACCGAGUGUUAUGUUAGAAACAUGCUCCACUACAUAUUAUUAUGUUUCAUCUCUUUUUUUUUCGAUGGGUUGUUCCCAACUUGAAAUUGCAGGCUUGUUUAGAAAGACAGCAGGGAGACAAGCUGUGGAUAAAAGUGGUGUAACAUACAAAUACAACAAAGAAGCUUUCUGUAAUCCAAUCAGUUUAAAGUUUAAUUUUCUUUUUGCAAAAUGUGGACACAAAAAAGAUGAUGGCUUGGCCCUGAGAUAUUUAGGACAGUUCAUAAACGUAGAUAUCACUGCAAGAUAAACAUGUUUUAUUGUGGCUGUUUGGGUCCAAUAAGGAAAUUAGAUUACGUUUAUUAUAACCACACAGGUUGUGAUUGGGUCUGCAUUCAGUCACCAUGGGCUCUUCUUAGUCUGCUGUCUUUGUGUUUGUUUGUUGCCCUUGGACUUGUAUGUUGUCUGUUGCCCAGUAGCAACAAGAGGGCUUACUGAAACAAAACUUAAGACUCAAGACCCCCCGCUGUCAAGCAGACAGACAGAAAAACAUUAAAGAGAGAGAGUGAUUGUAACCACCUUAAACUCCUUUCUCUCUGUCUUUGUAUAAAACAGCACAAUCACCUUCCUAUAUUGAGUUACACUUCCUUAUUCCAUAGUCCAGGUAACACUGUCCUCUCUGUCUUCUUUCACUUUUCUUCGACCUCACAUUUAUGACCAAUUAGAGACAGCAAUAAAGGAUAUAAAUUUUUGCCUUACUGAAAUACCAGGAAGUCUUAAUAUUUCUUCCACAGUAAUAAAUGUCACUGCAUUUAGCUAAUUUUGUUUCUCAGCUACUUGGUAUGAUUCGUAGGUCUCUUUUUAUUCCCUUAUUGAUCCAACUGGGGUGGAGUUUAAACCUUUGAGAUGAACUGAGCACACACAUAAACAGAGAGUCUGAUGGGUAAACAGGCUGCACCUUGUGCUAUCUACGUGACAAUGUCAUCAUCAUCAGAGAACAGACAGCAAACUGAUACAAGCAAAGCACGUUGGAUGAGGAGGGGAGAUUGGACUUGUGUGCCCUUAUGCAGAUUUGUUCCCUCUGUUCUUCUGCUGCUCCUGGAGAAAGGAGUGUGUGUGUGCAGAUAUUUGUUUUUCGCAUGCCCGUGUCUCUCUUUGUAUUUACUUUUUUCUCUUAUUACAAAUAAUUCAAUAAUCAUGUAAAUGUUUAAUGAGAGUAAUGACCCAGAAUCUUGUUAUGAUCAAUUUCUCAGGAAUAUGACUUAUAUCACUGACACUAAUAAUGCCAAGCAGUCAGGAGUGAAACACAAAACUAUCAGCUCCACUUUGACGGGUUUCCACGUAUGAUUUUUGUAAGACAGGUCUCAGUCGGUUUAAUUGUGAUAACUUCAAUCAAAUAUCCAGUUUUCAUCUUAAGACCUUUACUGUAUGACUGAGUACUUUAAAACUGAGAACUUUCUCUUGCUUCUUUACUGUUGUCUGCAUGCUAAAAUACUAAGUUAAGGUAGUAAAGAGUGUAAAUGUAAUUUCUAUAUUAUUUUUAUUAUUUAUUCUUUAGAAAAUGUCAUGCUUGUCCCCUCCCAAAAGGGCAUUUUUGAGCAUUGUAGCAUGCUGACUUAAUCAUUUCACUCAAAACAUCAUUGUGCUUUAAUGCAAUGACACAGAGCAGCAUGGCUGCAGACAAUAAGAUGACUGUGUACAAAAAGUCUGUGUAAAAUGUCCUCUUAAAAUAUCACAGGAUAUAAAUAUAUAAUAUCAAUUAUGUGAUCACGGUAUCUAGGAGGGUCAUCUCAAAUCUUGGACCACUGGGUUAUUUUACACAAAACAGUUCAAAUGCAUCAGGAAGCUUUUGGUGAAUCCAGUAAAGGGCCUUUGUCAAGCUUUUCAGUGCCAUGCAUGCUUAUUCAACCCUGACUUAGUAGAAAAGAGCAACUUUUUAAAUAAUGAAUGAUAAUGAUGGGAACUUCUUAACUAAAGCAAAGCCAGCUCAGGCUUGUGUUGAUGUUUCCAGCAGCCACAUGUUGUCUGUGCUGUAUGAGGAUAUGAAAAUGUGUCGUUUGCAUGGGCCAACUCUGAUUUGCAUUUUAGGAGGCGUCAGAGUUCGCUCUCCUGUUAGCACACCUAAUAUGGGAAGUGUUGAUCUAAAGACUGGAACACAUUAUUCCUGUGAAAACAUUAAUGAUCAAAAUGUCCGUGUGUAUAAUGAUGUGUAAAGUUAUUACAUGUCAUAUAAUCAAAUGUUGGGUAACCCUUAAAGUGCAGCAUCACAUACCUCUUAUCUCAGACUGACAGCCAUUGAAGGAUGUUUAAAAAUAAAGAUCCUUGAACUGAUGUGCGAACUUUAACUUAAAUCACUGAGGCAACCUACCCAGGACUAGCCCAAACACUUAUUUCCACUUAUCUUUUUAUCUGAGUCAGAGCUAUUGUGUGUCACUGCCAGGAGUUGUUAACAAACUUGAACCUGGGGUUGAAAUAGCAGUACCAGGGUGUGGUAUCUUCUUGCACUGACCACUGUCUCCAUACACUAUCUUAUCUUUUCUUAAUCUCUGGGUUAGACGGUUAAUAAAAAGUGGGUGAGGUGGCUCUGUUUACAGUUUAUGGGAUCACUUCUCAGGAAUAUUAUAUGACUCAUAGUCUGAGAGCAAAGCUGCAAGAAUAGGGUAUUAUUCAACUUGCCUAAGAAUCGUUUGGACUAAAGUGCAAAAUCAAACACAAAGGAUUAUUUCUUAUCAUGAAAGAGAGAGCCUUUUAAUCUUGAAGAGGUUACUCAGAAGAAAGAUGAUCAGUUAGUUGCAGAGAUUUCAUUCUAAGUCAAAUUUGGUCCCACAGUGAUUACUUUCAGUUACCUCUUUGUCAAAACCUCCUGCUCAGGAGUGCUGAAAGUUGAAUGUGUUUUAAACCAAAUUAAAUAUUGCAACAGAGGGCCAAAAGUGGCUUGUCACAUGGAGCUGUCAAUUGUGCAUCAGUGUUUCAGUUAAAUUGUUUUUGGGGUUUUGUAUGAAGAGUAAUUGAUCCCUGUUUUUUUUUCUGUGUCUGUGUAGUACUGUGUGCUGACAGAGUGGGCCAGAUGACGAAGACCUACAGUGACAUCGAUGCUGUCACUCGACUACUGGAGGAGGUAAGAUCACGUCAGAGAAGAUUAAGUAGAAAAGCACAGUGGCUUUGAUAUAUUCAGAGCCUGAGGCACUUUGAUCAGGUGUUAUUAAAAUGAUCUGAUAGUCUAAACACAGGUUGCUUUAUGAGGUUCAUGAAAAGGAAGGUUUGAUGGAACCACGUCAUAAAACUAGUUUCCAGCAGCUGUUAUUCAAAUGUGAGCGAUCCUCAUCAGCUGUUCAGUGAUAAACGGAGCGUCAGCAGGCUCUCUGCAGAAAUUCAAACUGUGAAACUAGAAUGGUGUCAUUGUUAAAGUGUAACCAGCAGACCAGCAGCCGUCCAAAUACGGACGAAAUAUGGUAUUUAAAGAUGCCAGUCCAUCAACAAACAGAGUUUGUAGAGUUUUGUUCCACUUAAGUUCCUCUUUGUGUGGCACAUUCUUGAGAAAAAGACACAAGAACAUUACUUGAUAUCUCAAGCAGGGUGAUAUAGUUUUCACAAGUCAUGUUCAGUCAUGUCUUCUGAAUGUGACUCUUUAAAACAUGUCAAAAAGUGGAGUUUAAGGACUAAUCUACUCAUUUGAAAAACAGUUCUGAGAGAAGCAACUCACUGUCUUUCUCUUGGCCUCAAAUGUUGAUUUCUUAAAGCUCUAUGACCUCAUGCUUUACUAAUACACCCUGUAAGAGCCGGCUUAACAGAAGCAGGUUUGCCUUUAUUUUUGUUUCAGUCACUGAAAAAUAGACGCAACAUCUCUCACACAACCAGGAUUUAGAUUGUUGCUAUUGCAAAUCUUUGGCUACACAUUAAAACCAUCUUCAGCUUAGAGUCCAUUAGAGGAACAGGAAAUGCUCCGGUUGAUGGGAGUUCUUAUGUAACACAGGAGCAAAGUGUAAAAGGAGGAGCAGGGUUUUGCUAAGGGUUGGUGAAUUUCUUUUUUGUUGUUGCUCAGUUGUAAAUGACACUGAUACUGUCAUCUUUGUUGCAGACUCACUUAAAAACAGGAUAGCCCAGUGGUUCAUGAAAGAGAAUAAUUAGAGUUCAUUGUCUGGACGUUUUAAUAGCCACGGACCUUGUUGAGUAAUGUGUGGAGAUACUGUUAAGAUUGUGUCACCCUUGCUAUUAAAGGCUUCAUUGUGCUUUUGUUCUCUUAGCUGAAACCUUCCCGCUUUACGUUAUUCCCUGCACAGUCCUCACAUGUAUUACUCCUAGUAGAAAAAUUCCAAAUGACAGGAAUUGCUUAAAACAGUCCUUCUGUUUUUUGAACCUUUUACUGUGUUGACUCUAAAUCCAUCUUUUCCUCUCUGCAGAAAGAGCGUGAUUUGGAGUUAGCAGCGCGCAUCGGACAGUCACUGCUGAAGAAGAACAAAGCCCUCAGUGAGAGGAACGAGCUGCUGGAGGAGCAAGUGGAGCACAUACGGGAAGAGGUACACAGCCUGUGUGUGCAGAAAGUGUCUAUAAGUGUAAUACCUCUUCAUUUAAGUGAGGACAGUCACUAUGUAUUUUUGGAGUACCUUCUCAAUAACGGGUGAUCUAACGCGUUGCUAUCUCCAAACCAGUUGUUAGAUAUAAGUUACAUGUCACUGUGUGCGUUACUUUUUUCUCAUUUUUCUAAAAGGUAGAUUUGUUUUCAUUUGGGGGGAGUGACGUCAGUCAUGUAGACGACAAGUCACGUUUUCAGCAGGAGGGCCACUUGUGUAAUACAUGUGCACACACACACAUAAAGCAGCCACGGCAAAGCAAAUAUAAACAACAAUGGAGGGAGGAGAGAGAUGCGUGUUCUCAAGCUGGAAAUACAGCCACUAUUUUUAAGACUGUCUUUAUAUUUUAUUUUAAAAAAUGCUUAUGUUUUGUCAGUCAAGAAAAACUAUCUUUAUUUUAUUUUAUUUUAUUUUUUUUAAACGUUUAUUUUUUGACAUUCCUUUUAAAGUUACACUUCCAAUAAAGUAAGUGUUGGAAAGAAAAUGGUUGUCAUUUAUAUGUUGAGGCUGCUGAAUGUAACUUGUAAUCUGACUUAGUUACGUUUAAAAUCAAGUGAUUAGUAAAGUAAGUAAGUUGCUUUUUAAAGGAGUAAUCCACAAUCAAAUUACUUUUUAAAAGUUACUGUGGCAACACUGUCUUUGACGGUGUACCAUCAUUUUUUGAGAUCUUGGGAAAACUGCAGUAAUUACAAAUGUAUAGAUUAUUAUUUGAAUAAAAUAAAUAUGUUAGAGCAUAAGUUAUCAAACUUGUUUUUUUUCCCCAGCCAAACAGCCACUCAGCAGCAGCCUUCAAUAACUACCAUGAGCUUACUGUCCUCUGUCUGUAUGUCUUCCUCAUGUCUUCCCCAUACAGGUGUCUCAGUUGCGUCAUGACUUGUCUAUGAAAGAUGAGCUGCUUCAGUUCUACACCAACGCUGCAGAGGAAAGUGAGGGGGAAUCUGCAGCUACAACUCCGUAAGUCUCCUUACGUUCACCUCCUCACAAAGUUCAAGUCAUACUCAAACAAACACGUUGAUUGCCUUUAGUGUUUAUCGGCUAUAAACCUUGUGAACUGCAUUAAUUCAGUGCAUAUAAUGGGCAUCUAAAGUUAUUUAUAACAUGUUAAUGGUGUUUACAGAGUACGCCCCACUGAAACUAGUGUGUCAAGUCCAACUAUCUUCCCCCUGGACUCCCUGCAGAAGAAACUCAAAGAUCUGGAAGAAGAAAAUAAAUCUUUGAGAUCUGAGGUACAUGUGCUGUACACGCCCUCACAUAAGCCCCCCUGCAAACCAACACAAUGUAUUUAAAAAUAGAGUUCCUCCCAAAUAUGCAAAGCUAUCUAAGUUAACAGCAUAAAUAAUAACACAAAAUUACAAUGCUUGUUUGAUUCGCUGAGUAAUAUGAAUGAGCCUCAUGAGUGACUAUUCACAGACACCGUAUGUAGAGUUAAUUGUAUCUCUGUGAGGGGCUGAAGUCAGGAUCCGGCUUUACAACUCUGACAGUCUGUCUAAUUGAACUCUACAGCAGCAUAACCCUCUGGUUUUAUUUUUUAACAGUUAUAAGGUUGAUACACAAUAACUUUAGUGUCAUGUAUUGAUUAGCAAUGUCCUGUCUUUGCUUCAGGCCAGUCAUUUGGAGACAGAAACCAUCUCCUAUGAGGAGAAAGAGCAGCAACUUGUCAAUGAUUGUGUCAAAGAACUACGUGAGUAAUGGAUGGAUGAUGAAUUAGAUGUAAUAUUUCUCUGAAGCAUUAUAGAUGAUGUGUUUAAAAAAAAAUCUCACUUUAAAGAGCUCUUAUUUUUGCUUUCAGGUAAUGCCAACCAGCAGAUGUCCUCUCUGGCUGAGGAGCUGGCCAGGAAGAGUGAAGAUGCCUCCAGACAGCAGGAGGAGAUCACACACCUCCUCUCCCAGAUAGUGGACCUCCAGAAGAAGGCUAAGCUGGUAUGAGGUCCCCAUCAUGUCUCUUAUCCACAUAUCUGUCUUCCGAAUCCACGUGUUAAGUAUCAUGUUGUUAUGUCUGAAUGUAUCCAGUGGGGAGGUGUGUUUUUAUUUGUGCUCUUCUUUUUUGUAGUAUGCUGUGGAAAAUGAGGAGCUGACUCAGCAUUUAGGUGCAGCCAAAGAUGCCCAGCGCCAACUCACUGCUGAGGUAAGGCCAUUCACCUCCAGCUGACUGUAGCUUCAUCAUUUUAUUUUCUGCUGUGGUAGCUCCCACCAACAAGCUAUUUAUAUUCAUAAAGCUACAGGAGCCCGCCUGUGACUAAAACCCAGUUCUCGGCCUAUAAAACUUAAAUAUAAACAUACAAUAUAUUCUGCUGUUCACUCAAACCAUAAAAGAAAACAAAACAAGAAUUCAUCUUGUUGCUUUUUUUUUUAAAAGAAUGACCUUCUUUCUCUUUUGCAGCUUCGAGAGUUGCAGGAUAAGUAUGCAGAGUGUAUGGAGAUGCUCCAUGAGGCUCAGGAGGAGCUGAAAAACCUGAGGAACAAAACUCUUCCUCUCAGCACACCCAGACGUUUCCACUCUCUCGGUCUGUUCCCAAUGGUGAGUGAAUAUUCAGUACUAUGUCACAGUUUUUCAUUAAUUCCAGGAGUUACAAAAAUAUAUCACACUUUCCUUCUUUCCUCUCCAGGACUCUCUGGCUGCAGAAAUUGAAGGCACCAUGAGGAAGGAGCUUCAGAUGGAUGAUCCAGACGUAGAAGAGCAGAGGUAUCAGGAGGAUUAUCUUAAAAAAAAGGAAGUGUCUUUAUGAUUUUUAUAUUAAACUCUGAGUUUAAACCGCUAUGAUAUCAUUUUUCUCCAGGCUGCAACCGAAGCGAGUGUUCCAGACGGUGAAAAACCUGAACCUCAUGCGCCAGCAGCGUUCAUCCCUCGCCCCCUCCCCCCUCAACAUCCCAGGCUCCAACCAGACAUCAUGCCUCACCUCAGGGCGCUCAAGCAGGGUGGGCACACCAUGCUCUAACUCCAUAUAUGGAAGUGAUUCAGGGAGUGGGAUCAUCUUGGACAACAGGACCAGCAAUAUCCUGGAGGGUCCAGAUGAUGGGUAUGGACAGACUCUUCCAUUUGUUUUCUUUUUAUUGAAUUUUUUUUGUCUUUUUUUUUUGUCUUAUCCAUUUAUUUAACCUCUCUGUCGUGUUAUCUAUAGAAACCAAAGAGUUGCUAUCAACACUCUUAAUUUUUAAGAUUUCUUUGGAUGAUUUUUGACAGCCCUGGUGUUUGUUUACAGAGUUUUAGAGUGGGUUCUAUCUGUUUGAUGUCCACUUUUAGGUUUGUUGCUAUUAUUUUUUACCAAACACAACAGGUACCACCAAAAACUAGGAGAGAAAGACAAAUAUCAUUCAGUUAGCCACCCCAAGAUCUAACUAUUUCUGCUAUCUCCUCCUCAGGUCAGAGGACUCUAACAAGCGGCCCCCUGGCACCCCAGGGACCCCUGGCAGCAGGGACCUGGAGGCAGCGCUGCGUCGUCUGUCCCUCCGCCGCGACAACUACCUCUCAGAAAAACGCUUCUUCGAGGAGGAGAGGGAGAGAAAGCUGGCGUAUCUGGCCAAAGAAGAUGAAAAGGGAGAGGAGGGGAACAGCGGAGGCCCUGGGACCCCAACAGAGAGCCUUCUGUCGCUUUGCUCACAUCCCUCUUUGGGAAGCGUGUGGUCUGGAUACUCCUUCACAGCCAGAUCCUACCUGCCAGAGAAGCUGCAGAUAGUGAAGCCACUGGAAGGUGAUUAUUCCUCUCAGAAAAAUCAGUCUUCUAACCGUCCACAUGAUGAAAAAGAGAGUAAAAAUCAAAGGGUCUUAUGUGAUGAAACUGAAAAUUUUCAGAAAUGUCAGCAGAAUCAAAUCCAUAGCUCAGCACAAAGCUCCAACAGUGUAUUUCUAUCAUCAACUAAAAGUCACAGUCAGAUGAGUCAGAGGCAAAGUAAGACACUUCAGAACCAGCAGCAGAAUCAAUAUCUGAUUUUUCACGACCACAGUCCACCAAAAAUCUUUCUCAGUGCCUCACAGGAUUUGAAGAUGCUGCAGAACAGCUCUGGUUUGUCCGAGCCGAGCAGCCUGCAGAGCUCACAGCCUCACCUCGGAGCUCCUCUGGCUUUAGUCACAGGUCUGCUGCAGAUUCUGGAGGAGCAGGGAGGCACUUUGAAUCUCCAGCACUCCUUUUACUUCAGACACACUCAGCCACGCUGCUGGUUUGAAAUAUAGAAGAGCAGACAGUCUGCUGUGUGCCGUGUUUCAGAAAGCCACUGACAUCUCAAAGGUUUCUGUUUCCAAUGAGAUUUGAUCGUUUUCUUUCAUUUGAGGAAUUUAAGUAAGGGUUAUGCCUCUGCACAUGAGCUGCAGUGCCUUAAUGUUAGCCGUUGAUGUGCGAUGAAAACAUUUUAAAUGACUAUUUAUUCAUCACUUUAGUGAGCACUUUGCACAGUUUUUUGCAGUGUUUAACAGUGUGUGCUAACUAAAAUGUCUCAAUACAAAAUAUAUUUAAAAACAUUUCUUAUGCCUUAGUUCAAACAUUAGAGGAUCUUUAUAAAUCUGCAUUUAUUUCUAUAUUGGGUUGAAUUGCUUUUGUAUGUAACCAUAUGAUUCAGUAAUCAAUAUAAGACAAUGCAUGAUAAAUUAUUUGCCAACAUAAGUAACAAACUUAAGGAUAGGUUUUUCAUCAUGUCACUAUGUAGCCUUCUAAUAUUCCAGCACUUUAAUAACUUUGUCCACCACUUUUUGUCCAGGGCAUCAAAUCACGGGUGUCAUUCUUAGAGGUAUAUUCUGUUCUGUGGCACCACCUGGUGUUGUAACUUAGGUACAACACUUGCAUGGAGACAUUAUAAUGAAAGUUUAUCUCAUCAUCCAAAAUACUUGUAUUAUGUAUUAGAGUUAAGAGCAAGAAAGAACAAAACAAAAAUAUAGAUUAAAUGUUUUAAUGUGAAAGGCUAAAAGGUUCAUAGAAAUGAUUAAUUUCAAGUCUAAUGAUGGUUGUGAAAAUUAAUAAUAAAAUGCCUGAUAUUUAAACCUUGGUCCUUACCUCCUAUGUAUACUAUAGAUCAUAGUUGAGGGCUGCUUUCAGAGUAUUCUCAUCAGUCUUGAAGUAACCCAAAAAAGAAAAAAAAUCUGCAUAUGUACAGCAACAUUACUGUGUAAGUGUACUACAUUGGUGUUAUACUACCACCGUCCAUCCCUUUCACUCCUUGUGUGCUUUUAUUCAUUUAUUUUGGUUUUGUCUCGUCAGUGAACUUUCCAUCUUUUCUGUUCAACUUGUCUCUUUCCUUUGUUGAUCAUUUCUUGAAUAAAAUCGAACUAAUUUUCUCACCCUCCCUUUCCUCUCAUUCUUUUGUUUCUGUCCGAUGAGUUUCUGUACUUACAUCUCUCACUGGAUCUUUACAUUUAUUAUUAAAAAAACAACCACUCAUUGGACUUGAAAUCACACAGUCACUCGGUGAAAGGACUCCUAAUAAACAGGAUGGGGUUGUUUACUCUUGCAGCAUGUUGUUUUGUAUAAGCAUGUUGUUUUGUUGAAGAACCGUCUAUCCUCUACACUCUAUUCUAUAAGACUGUUGCUGUAAGUACAUGUGCUGUGUUUGUGGAGACGGUUUGAAUGCAUGUGUGCUUUAAACAUAGAAAAUGACAUUUACUCAAUUGAUUCUAGGUCAGUAGGUCUACAUACCAUGAAGCGCCACAUUUGAUACUGUAGUUAAAUGUUAGACAGGGCAGGUUUCCGCUUACUGCUGCUAGCUUAUGUGAUCAGGUCUGGAUUGCAGUAUGUGACUGAGUAUAAAAGAGUAUCUGAGGUCUCGUCUGCUCGAAGUCUGGGAAAGGUCCUUCGAGUAAAUCAUUAGCUCGAGUAUUUUAACCUGUUUAUAAUGAGUUGUGGUGUGUUAUUUAGAUUUAAGACCAUUUCAGAACUGCAUAAAGAAAAACAAGCUCACUGAUGUCUAGUUGCUUCAGGUCUUUUGGGUUUUAGUUUCAGGGUACAAGUUUCAACUCUGUGCCUCUUGAGUCACAAUAGAAGGAAAAAACGUAGUGAGUACUUUCAGUACACAUUGAUCUGAUUUGUAUGAUGCAAUAAAAUUAGAAAGUUAAACUCACCCCUCUGUUUUGAGAGCGUUAGAUAACAAGUAUCCACAGCAGACAGCUUCAACUAUGUUAGAUAACAUAAGUCUUUGUCUGACUUUCUUCCAGGCUCUGCUACUCUCCAUGCGUGGCAGCAGUUGGCUCAGCCCCACAUGGGUGCUCUCCUGGAUCAUCGGCCUGGCGUGGUCACGAAGGGCUUCCGCAGUUUGGCACACGAGCAGGAACAGGAUGACAGCUGGCAGCUGGACCAACCAGAGGAGGACGAAGUGUCUUGUGACUCAUUUACUGGUUUUUCAGAAGAGAAGUCUGCUCCCGUGGAUCUGCCUCGCUCUACCUCUUCUCCUUUUGUCCUCUGCAACAAAAACGGAGACUUUGAAGACAACAGCCGUUCAGAAACAUUACAAGAAGAAAUGUGCCUGGCGAAAGAAGCGUUUCAAACAAAAGAUGGACUUGUUACAAACGUGCCGCUUUCCUUCUCCAGCCCUUCAUCUUCUCCCCUCCCCUCUUCAGAGAUGAACGGGCACGUGGACCUCAAGGAGCUCCAGGCCUUACAGCCCACCACUGUGGACCACAUGCCUGGUGAGGGAGCACUUAGCUGAGGUCACAUUCACCCUCCCUUAAGACCCUAAACAUGAGGGUAAAAGGGGAGGGGAGAUGGGGGGAUAGGAAAGGCAUUCACUGGACAUCUCACAGCCCCAAUGUGACGUCUCUCCCUGCACACACCUGCUCACCCACCCACCCGUCCCACCGACAGCCCCUGUGUUCGCAGCCAUCGUAUCCCAUCAAAACAGAGUACAUGUUUUAUUUACGAUUCACUUCAUCUUACAUCUUCAUGAUUUCCUCUCAGCCCACACCUCUUUUUGCUUCACUUUGCUUUAUUUCAUCCAAUCACAGCUGUGUUUCUAUCUUCCCUCUCAUUGGUGGACUACAGCACAGAAUCUCAUUUAUCAAACACUUCUGCAGAGUUUAAAUCUAUCGCACUUCCUCUAACAGUCAACACUCAGACUCAGACCAGUGUGCCGCACCAACACUCGGAGGUGCAGAAAUGUCCGUAUGUGAGCACGUACAAGUACGUAUUAGCGCAGCUGUCCAAGUCACAUGAACACACAACACCCAUGCUGGGCUAAAAGUAGACUUAGGUGGGUCACCUUCAGAAACAUAUGGUAUCUAAGGAUUUAUUCACGGGUUGCAAACAAGCGAUAGCAUGUUACUGAUUAAAUAUUGUCAGAAAGCUUUUAGAUCGAGUAAGAGCUGAAACCUGAAUGACAUCAACACACAUGAAAGCGUUUUGGCUGUUCAUUUAGGAGACUGAAAAUAUUAUUGAUCCUUCAUGAUAGCCUUAAAAAAGCAUAAAAGACAAUCCACAAAAGGACCCACUAUUUCCAUGUAGUUGCUUUUAAUGUCUAAAAACACCAGCAGAGGGCAGGCGUCAGACUAAAUCAGUGGUUCUCAAGUCCAGUCCUCGAGGCCCACUGUCCUGCAUGUUUUGGAUGUUUCCCUGCUCCAACACACCUGAUUCAAAUGAUCAGCUCGUUAUCAAGCUCUGGAGUGACUCAAUAACGAGCUGAUCAUUUGAAUCAGGUGUGUUGGAGCAGGGAAACAUCCAAAACAUGCAGGACAGUGGGCCUCAAGGACUGGACUUGAGAACCACUGGACUAAAUGAUGAACUGCAUGCUGCUGACACAGUAUUUUCCCACAUUCUUCACAGCAGAGAAUCUCAUUGGAUGAUACAUUUAGAGAGGAGGGUGUGACUUUUUGUUAUGAAACCCUAAUAUGACAUGUACAGGACAAAAUCAACAAAGACAACUUUGUCCACUGGGGACGCCAAAAAUCAUCACAACCCCAAAGCUCCUCACAGGAGUUCAAAAUGGGAGAAGUCCAUCGAAGAUGUGCAUUUUAUUUCAUCAGUCCUGAAAAAUGUCCUUACUUGGCCUUUAACCAUUUCAAACAGCUUCAAGUAUCUCCCUAACGUUUCACAAUCCACACAACACAAAGUGAAAUCAGUCAAAUCAAUGCCGGUACAAAUCAAUGCCAGUACAUCUGUUAAAGUUUGUACAGGCACCUAAAUAUGAAUCAAAAAAAGUUAAACUUUCCUUUUAACAACAGACCAAACAUGUAAAACUUUUUCAAAAUGAUGCUAAAUUACCCAGAGUGACUUUGCCAGAGGUCAGCCAAUCAGAAGUGAUGAAAUUAUUCCCUACUCAGACUUAUCUGUUACAGGAACUUAGCAAAAGUCACUUGCACAUUUUCGCGUCAUUAAAAGAAACACGACCCUCGUGAAAAAAAAAUUGCUGUUUGCACCUAACUCUGGGUUCCCUCCAUGCACACUUCUCAUUUCUGGAUCAUCUUGCUGAUGUAUGUUGGUGCUCUUGCUUGGGGCUGACACUAUGAACAGGGUCUGUUUUUCCCCCACUGUGUUGUGUGCUGUGAUUUUCCACUGCUCUUUGGUUGAUGCCCUUUGUCUCAGUACUUACUGCCUCUUCCUCUGCUCUCUUCGUGUCUUCUCUAGUUAAUUUCCCUGGGAAGUGUUUGUCCCACACUAGCUCUACAUACACCUUCACCACCUGCAGGAUUCUCCACCCGUCUGAUCAGCUGACCUCAGUGUCCCCAAGGUAAACAUCUUAAUCCUUCAAUUACUAUUGCGCUGUUUUAUUUCAUGUAGAAAUAUCUAUCCAGGGCAGUUGUAAUUAGUCUACUCUUUCAACUUUUAUUUGUCAUCAUAAUCCAUAGACUGUAUAUAGAAUGGACGCCAUUUGCCUCCUUGCUGGGUGAAGCCAACAUGAGAACAGCACCCUCUGGUGACGGGCUGAAGUAUAGGUCAUAAAUUCUGCCUCCUCCAGCAAUCCCUUUGGAGCUGUGGACAAACUUUAGAAAUUUAUUACACAGAAUAUACAUUUUUCUCCCCCCUGGUUGCGAUGUUGACAUGUAGUUAUUAUAAGACUGGUUUGUUGCCAAGUCCUCUUUUUAAAAAGUUAUUAGGGGUUCAUGUUUUCUAUGAUUGACACCUGACACAGCCUAUGGGCGUACAAAGAUUGUGUAGCUCACCCAGGGGAUACACUGUUUAAACUGAGUGUCAUCACAGCAGCUCUCGGUGACUCUCCUGCCGAAUGCGUACAACGCUACUGCGCAAUGUUUGUUUCAGGAAGUAGAGAAAAAAACACGGAAAUACCAAGAGCUUUUUGGCUUCAAAUCUGUAUACUGGCGGAAGGUGGAACCAAGUUGUUCAUAGUAUAUACAGUCUAUGUGAUAAUCACAAGAUGGCAGAUGGAACCAUUUCUCUGUUUCUAUAACAACUUUGACUGGUAAAGAAGGAGCUGUAGCUAAAUUCACGGUGGAUGGAAAGUUUUACAGUAAAAAGAUUGUAGUUACACAUAUUAUCUAGCAGUUGUGUGUAGUUACUAAAUCUUCACCUUACACCGGAAAUCACAAAGCUUGGCAAAGUAGGGCAGAUUCUAAAAUCUGCAGCAGCAAAAGUUCUCAGAAAAUCACACAAGUAUUGCUUUAGAUACAAUGUGUAGAGAGCUACCACCUCUGUGCAACAGCACCUGGCUGACCUACUGCUCUCUGAUUGGCCUCAGCAGGUCAUGUGAUGAGGAAGAUGAAGUGGAGUUGUAUCAUGUGGUUGUCAUGGCUGGAGUAGAGCAGACCCAUUGAGUGUACCCACUGGGGUGCACCUGGGUGAGACAAUGCAUGGGAGUGUAUCCCUAAAGACAGCGGGUGUGUUUGAACGAGAAUAACAUCAUAACAACAACCCUCCACAUAGUCAGUGCAGUGUGGACUUUAAUGUGUUCUAAUGUGUUUCUAAUGUUUCCUGUCCAUAUAGUUUUGAACUAACAACCAAACUUCUGACUCCAAUCACUGAUCAAAUCUAACUGUGAGGAUGACGACAUGAAUAAUGAUUUAAAAAGUAUAAAGUUACGGUCCCCUUCAGUCCAGACUCUUCAUCCAGCAAAAGAAGCUGACUCAGAUGUUGUCCUAUGAUUUAUAUCCCGUACUUAAACCAGCUGAUUUGUUAUGGAACCACCCCACUUGUAGUUGUAGCACUAGUAGAAUUGACCAGUCUUGUUUUGGCAAGCUUUGGUGUAUGCAGGAAAAGCAGUCAGUAUGGAGAAAGCAAAAGCAGGCAGAUCGCACACUAACAAAACGACACCCAGCUCUUAUUGUUAGGAAUUCAAAGUCUGGACAAAUAUCUUCAUGCAAGUGCAGCAAACAAACUGUUAGAUCAGCCAUUUUAACUUGAGACACAAAUCUGCUCAAAGUGGUCAGGUUUCUUUUUUGAGGUUUAUCACUGAUGCUGUAAAAGAAGUCUUGGCUGGUUGUCGUUUUUGUAACUGCUUUUGAACAGCUAGCAUCAGUUCCAAGAGAAAUAUAUCUCUUCUUGAUCUCAGACAAUGAAAGAAGAAGGAUUUGUUCUGACCUGUAAUCACUUUAGAUUCAACAUCAUCAAAACCAUUAAGUGCUUGUGAAUCUUAGCUGGUGUCUCCCCAAGGUCAGCCGGGGAUCCCAGCACUGCAGAUAACAGCAGCUGUCUAAACACUGGACCCAAAACUGCUCACAGCAAAGGCGAGGAGGAGAUAAUGUAUGAUUUGAAUCAACAGAUGCUGAAUGUCCUUGUGAAAACAGCAGAAUUAAAACAUAUCUCUCAGUCUGAUGCCAGCACUGCCUGUUAUUGAUAUUUGUACCUAAACGAUCCUAGUGGAGCGUGUAAAUCCAAUAACUGGAGUAGGUUUAAUGUGUAUGCACUGCCAAAGCUCUACUUUGAAUUAAAAGAAAGGUGAUAAAAUCUCUCUUGGCAAUAACCACUGUGCCAGCACGACUCAGGAACCCGGGGAAGGUCACAUCAUGACGCCUGAGUCAGCAUCAUUAGCUGAGUGACGACUUUUUCACUUACUUUCUGCCUCUAAAGCUGUUUGUGUCUCCCAGGGUCUAAUGAUUAACUCGUGUGGUUUAAAGUUUGAUGUUUUAACAAAUCUUAGACUGUCAGUAUCAAAGUGUUUAGUAGUAAAAGCACUCCAAGUAUACUAACUUGAUGAGUAAUGUCCACUUCUCUCUCUGUCCCUGUAUUCCCCACCAUGCUCUGUGCACACACACCUUCUUCACCCCCUCUUCUUCUUCAUACAUCUUCAUCCUCUCUCCCAUUACUCUUCCACCCACAGCCCAGCCCUCACCUCCUGUCAGAGCAGCUCUUGCACUGGCACCUCCACCCCCAAUCCCUCUCCCAUCCCCUUCUCUGCCCCUCACACACCUUCCUUCACCCCCUGCUGCACCCCUCGCCGUCUCUCCCUGUCCCUCUCUUUAGCGGAGUCCUCCACCAACCUCAGAGACUCCACCAAGACCACCAGCACUUCUCUGGGCCUGGUGCACCUCCUGCUGGAGCACGGGAUAUCUGCCUCUGUGUAUGAUCCCCGCAGCUGGGACCGAGGGUUGGAUGCUAGUGGAACGUCAACACCUGUGGGAGGCGUGCCAGCGCAGAGGAGCAGCGACCCACCGGAGGAGACAGACCAGAGACGAUUGAAGAAACGUCCAGACACCCUCCUUCUCCUCGAGCCCUCCACCCCGCCCAACUCCCCUCGCUCCAAAUCGGCCUUUUCUACCUCCACCCGCCCAGUUUUCCAAUUCAGCCCUAUGAAUGAUGAACCGCCUUUUUAUGAAACCUUCCUGGCCUCGAAGCCGGCUCGCACCAUCCUGAGGGAGGUUCUCGGGGAGGCAGAGAAGGAGCAGACAGAUGAUGAAAGCCAAGCAGACACUCUAAAUCUCCGGCUUGUGGACAAACUAAAAAGUUUCCGCGCUCUCCUCCCUCAUGCUGCUUCUGCCGCAUCUGGGACUUCUCUCUUAGCCUCUUUCGGCUCUAACGGAUUAGGGAAUAGCACUCUGGGUGGGGGGCUCCCAGGCUUAAACGCAGGGCUACGGAGAAAUCGAAGUUAUCCUGCCAUGGUAGGGGCGAGUAUGGCUAUGAAAGACCCAGGAGGUCCUCCCACUACAGAAAUACUCAUACCACAUACGAUGCAAGCCCCACAAACCCAACAAGCAGCGCACACACAGGAAAUGAGCAAAACACAGACUAAUCAUACUCUGGUCAAAAAGGCCAUUCACAUACCACAGACUCUACAUGCCCUGGAAACAGUCACCCCACAGACUAUAGUACAGAGACACACAAGGCCAGACUGCAGACUGUGGCAUUCAACAAGUAAUGACCUACAGAGUGAUGAUGAAAACGGGACAUAACAGAAGCUAUUCAGUGUACUCACCUCUAUUAAACUCAUGAUGAUUCAUAUAUGAAAGAUACCAAAACACUCUGCAAGCAUACAACUACCACCCCUGAACUGAACAGCUACACUGAUGAACAAUACAGCAUCAGUCUGAUCAACAUAACCUGAAUGAAACGGUGGAGGAGGAUGACCCUCUCACGGCUGACACUGUUACACUGUGUUGUUAUUCACUGUCAGACCAGACUGCUGAUAACAGAGUUUGUUGCCUUCCUUAGUGUCCAUUUCAAUUGUAUAUUGUACAAGUUGUAUAUGCAAUAUACUGUGUCAUUUAUAUUAAAAUAUUAAGAGCCCAAUCUGGUUACAAUUCUGCAGAGCUUUCAUGUAACUCCUUUUAUUUGUCUCAUGAAGAAGUGCACCAAUGAAAAAAAACAACAGCUCGUGGGUUUUAAAUGAAUCACACUGGCCUGAAUCGAAGGCGUUUCCCUUUUUUUAUCAUUAUUAAUAUUAGCAUAUUUGGACCCCAAACGAUGCUUAGCUAAUAACUUUCUAAUGUGUAGCUGCAACAAGAAAAUUAAGGUCGGUCUGUGUCCAAACACAAAAGAGGGAUAAGGAUAUGCUGAUCCUCAUAAAUGAUUUGUAUAUUUUAGCAUCUCAUUGUUUUUAUAUUUUUCUUGCAAUGUGGGAUGAUAACCAGAUUUACCAAAUCUUUUAUCCUCGGGGAAGAAAUCUGAACUUCUCUUCAGGCCACUGUGAUCAUUUGAAGCCUUUGGAGUGUUUUUGUCUUGAUGCACUGGAGAUCAUUGGAGUUCGGAUGUUGGCAUUAGAGAUUAUUUUCUAUGGAUGACUCAUUUCUACCCUUCAGUCUCUGUAUGUGUGUAGAUCUGUAUUUUGACAAAUAAUCCAGAUUGUGGCUUUAAUGCUGUGUCAUCCUGCUGUGACUUACUGUACUCAUGUGCCUAAAACAGCUAAGAAACUGUAUCACAUUGGAUUUGUCUUUGCGUUUGUUCUGUUUCAUGACUUUUUACUUUCAAUGCAGUAGAGGGAGUCCAUGAGAUUAACCGAGCAAAUCAAUGACUUUGCAUCUGAACAUGCUAAGGGUCCCCUCUCCACACACCUGCAUGUCUGUGGAGACGGGCUCUUUUUUUCAUUUGUAUGAGUGAGGCAUAUCCUUUAAUUUCAGCCUGCUGGGUCAUGUAGCACAAAGAGAGUGAUCCAGACCAGGUCCAGAUAAAAUCGCACAUCUGUUGAAACACUGUGACUACAGAAGACGAGAGGCAGAACUGCAGAAAAAUACAAAAUAUGUUUCACACUUGAGAGCAGCUCCAGAAGACAAAGAAAUGGAGGGGAUUUGAUUCAUUCACGAUUAAGGCAUUACUUCUUACUCCACAAAAAUUCAGCGGGGAGAUGUAAAUCAGCAUGUCAUAUCAGUCACCGGCUCUUUUUAACUGCUUAUACUCAAAACCAAAGUUGGACCCGAAUGGAGAGUAGCUGGGACCAUAACAUAAAACUAAAGCAUGUCAGUUUGCAAGAGUGAGUGAUGGUUUAGAUGCAACAUGAUGACUCCACUUAAUUUAUUGGUUCUGAAUAACAAUAUUGUGUGGGUGGAAAAAGCAACACGGAGGUUGGGAAACAUGUUUGUGAAUGUAACUGUUCAUGGAGUGGCUUGAAAAAUCCAAAUGUUUCUUUCAGAGCAGGAGACGGAGCUUUUUAACACUGUUUACUGCUGUAACACUGACCCACCUCCAGCAUCUGGAUGUUUCUAUGACAUAAUGUACACUUUUUUUUUUUUUGUUAAAGUAAGCUGGCUUAAUUUGAAAAGGAAGCUAGUAACACAUCUGCCAGAGAGGAACAGUUUUAUUUUCUCAAUCCCAUCUUAAAUAUUGACUUUCAGUGAAAGAAAAAGAAAAUGGCUGGCACUGCUGCUAGGAGUGGUUUGUUGAAACUCUCACAAUUAAGAGGCUAAACUAGGAAUGAGUUAUAGGAAUAAGAAUAUAUAUAUAUAUUUAAUAAAAACUUGGAUUGUUAGAAGUCAACAUAUAACUGAAUGUUUGUGUUUAAGUGAAGGACUUUUAGAGAUUGUAUGGAUAUAUAUUUUAAAAUUUUACACUGAUGUUUGUUUUUUUUAUGCCUCACAGAAACCUUUCCAUUUACAGCAGCAGGUUCAGAGUCACCUGUCUGCAAGCCUACAGUUUAUUGAUCCUGCCAAUUAAUUUAUGACGCACAUCUGGGUAUAUCAACAAUCACACAACAAUUUACAGUAUUUACAACAUUACCAAGUGCUAAGCCCAAGGUGACAAGGAGAGUGAACGUGUGUGUUUGUGUGUUUGUGCGCUUGUUUGUCCGUGUCAACUGAAUCAUCUGAAUGUAAGUUAUUACAGUAAUCCUGAAGUAGGUUCAUAUAUUUAUGUACAAUAUGUUGAUUUAUCUCUUUAUCAGUUUGUGUUGACCUCAGAAAGGGAAACUAUUAUUGCAUUGUAAAUGUAUGCAUCUUAUAGUCUUGCUAACUUUUUCUUAUUUUAAAAAGAAACUGUAAUAGUAGGACAAAACCAGGAGAUUCAGCUGUUUAUUCGGAGUAAAGACAGAGAGAAACUUUCUGUUCAGGGACUGAACAGGCUGGACUGUCAAUAAAAAAUAAAUACAAA